AUGAGCCCUGUGUCUAUAGAAAAGAGGUAAAACAGAAAGGCAACUCUGACAGAACGUUUUGAUACCUUCGCUUUGAUAUUUUCGUUUAAAUUUGAUUUCAAAACACUUAUAACGAAUAUAAAUAUUAUUACCGAUUUUCAAGUCUCUAAGGUUAUGUAUAACUGAAUUACAGCAAAAAAAAAAAAAAACCCGAAAAUUAAAAUUCUUUAAAAGUGGCUCAAAAGUUUUGGCAAUGAUACCAUAAGAAAGUAAAUUAAAAAAGCAACAAAAAAUGCAUCUUGUGAUUUUUCGAUUAAAUUAUUAUUUCUGGUAGAAAAUGUCGUCCGUGUUACAACAAGGACGCAAUUCACCUAGUAUUUAUUAAGUUACAACAGGGACGCAAUGCAUCUAGUUUUAUAAAAAUGGGAAGCAAUUCACCUACCGCUCUAAUAUGAUUAGUAUACGGCUAUAUUUGUCUAUGUAUAAUACUAUGCGAAAAUUCGAGCAUGGUCAUAGAGUAAUAUAGAACAUUUUAAAUUGUAUCGUGAAGCACAAAUGGACUCUGGGCAGGCUAGCCACUUUUAGAAGAAAAUAAUUAUUGCACUCACUUCUACCAGUACUAACUAGUAGUCACCUAAACAAUAUUGUAACAUGUAGGGAAUAAUUGAGAACAAUAAUCUCUAGUAGUUAAUAAUUUAUUUAAUUUGGUGUUUCUAUUAAAUUAAAUAAAUAAAUAUUAAUUAUUUUCAUAAUCUAUUUAUUGCCAUGAAUAUUAUACAUACUCGUACAUAAUAGAUAUUAUUAUAUUACACAAAUAAAAAAAGGACGUAGGAUAAUGGGGACGGGUGAAGUCACAGUCAUAGAUAAUUUAAUGUUUACAUGUGAGCAACGAUAAACCACAACAAAAAGGGGAGGGGAGAUCAAUUGAUAAUGACGUUUUGUCAUUAAUAUAUGUCAUUUUAUAGUGAAAUAAUUAAAUAGGCUUUAUAUAUUUUCUUUAAUAAUAUUUGUUUAAUGUUGUACUGAUUUUCCCAGUUUUCCUACGUUUUUCCCGUUUUUGUCGGUUUUUUAAAUUUGAUAAGAGAACGGUUGAGAAAAUCGAAAAAUGACUUCCUUAAAGUACCUCCCCACAUCGAUUUCCAAAAAAAGGUACUACAUUUAAAAAUCUGAGUAAGUCUUCUGGUAGAAAAGUUGGACAUAGAUAAAAAAAAAUAAACAUAUUUGUAAACUAUAAGCUUCUCGUUCCACUCAGAAUCUAAAUUUUUUUUACAUUUAAGAAAAAAAUGAAUACAAUAAUAAUACCUACAUAAUUAUUAUAAUCAUGUAAUUAAGAAUAUAAUAUUUUAAUCACACCUCAUUCUAAUUUUAAGACUUACGGUAGUUAAAAAAUUCUAACAAACCGAUUUUACGUGCUUAUAUUAGGUAGCAUACAUACAUUUUGUAGACGUUUUUUUAAGGUCCGAGUUUCUCCUAAUAGGUUUUAAUAUUUCUCGAAUCUUUUACAGCAUCUAAAACUAAUUUCCCUUCAACCGUGGACAUACCAUUUUUAUUACAUACAAUCAUACAAAUAUUAUGUAAAGUCAUCAAAAUCAGACUUCUAAUAAUAAAAAAUACAUAGCAUUAAUUUGUUGAUAUCUAUAGAAUUUAGCGGACAAGUAGGGAGCAGUUGGACUCUCGAUAAGGGUCUAUGACCCAACAUUAAUUGACUUCACUACUAUAGUCCGGCUGACGAGAAAUCGCUACUGAGUGGUGACCAAAACUCGUCCGUUCUGGAGCAUUCCUGCGGCAAGUAGACAGUAGAGCGGUAGACAUUUGGGCACGAAACCAAGGAGCUCGUUCAUUUAGAUGCGCCAAGGAGUAGCGUUCUCUCACCGGCCGGAGUAUAAAACACGGAUAUAUAUUUAACGAUCUCUCUAUAUUACUUUAUGAGCACGUUGCACGUAGUAGAUAAUCAAUUAUACAUACAGUUUGUUGUUUGUGUCGUGUCUCGUUUCUCGUGUGAAAUCCUGCAUUCAAUUCUAUGUAUCUCUAAUUGUGGAGACACACUUGACGGGAACCAAUUGCACAACGCUACAGUGUCACCACACCAUGUGAAACCAUAAUUAAAAAAACAAUGUAUUUUCAACAGUGUCGCCACAGUGCCAUUUCUGUGGUACCACAGAAAAUGGGAACAGAUUCUUUUUCCCCAUAGACUUUAUACUAAUAGACUGGUCUUGCCUAUAAAAUAGUUAACCUAACCGGUCAGACGUACUUCAGUUAUGUACAGUAUAAGUGUUUUCGGUGUGAUAUCAGCUAUUUUUUAUAAAAACAAAGUCACGAUAUUAUUUGACUUUGUUAAACCUGAAGAUGAAUUUUGAAUUUUAAACUGGUCGUUCAUUUUAAACCUAAUAACAGAGGGUCCGGCGUCAUCGUCGCUGUAACAACGAAACUGGUGGGAUGGAUAAAUGGCGGAUUGGGGUAUAAAUAAAGUUUACGUCGUCAUCGCCACAGCAACGAGAGUAGAUAUACGUAGAAUACGAAAAAUCGGACUUGAAAGUACUUGAAAAUUUUUUGUGGUAACUUUUAAUCCAUCUAACCAAUCUGCUUGCCUGUAACCAAUUCCCUGUUCCUAUCUGCACAAUAUUUCUGAUCGAUUAAUACCUUAUAUGACCUUAUAUGUUCAGCCGUUUGGCCUGUAGAACUGGCCGAUGGAUUACCAUGAAUUAGCACGGUUUUUAAUUGUACAACUCGGUUUCUUGUUACUAUAAAUCGGUGGCUACUGCGCAAUUUUCUUUUUACUUAGGUUCGCGCCACUAUUGUCACGCUGGAUUAUUGUUCUACUAUUAUAUUAUUAUUAUUAUUAUUAUAUUGUAAAAAAAAAAAUGUUAAUAUUAAUAUUAAGAGGGAAGAAUGUGGUAACACUAUAAUUGUUAAUUAAGGUUAGUUGUAUGUAUUUGGUUAUUAUGUGGUUAAUAUAUACUAGUGACCACGUUAUGACACGUAUAAUCGCACCAUGUUAAUUGUUUAUUGAUUUAUUUUAUACCUAUCCAUAGCAAGUUAUUACAAUUAUCUUCCAGAAAAUGUAUUCAAAGUGGAAAACAAGUGGUUUUACCGUUUUCUUUGCAUAAGUUGAUUUUUUUUAAUAAAAUCAUAUCACCAUGUCCACUUUAUUAUAUAAUUGCAGAAUAUGAGUUUUUUCACCUUGUAAAGAUGUGUUGAACAAAUUAAGUUUUUCAAAAAUGUUACAUAAAUAUGAUAAUUUGAUUCAACGAUUCAAAAAUGUUUCAACGAAAUCAUUGUUGAUUUAAAAAUAUCAAUGUAAUUUACCUCGCGCCUCCCAUGUUAUGUACUUACGUCUCCCAAGGGAUAUUAAUAUUAUAAUCAUAGCACAUUUUUGUUGUUGUUCGAUUCUCAAUUAUUUAAAAUAAAUCUACUGAUUUAUAAAAUGUAUAGUAACGAAAGCAACUAUAAACACGCUUGGGCAAAUAGUUCGUUCAGGAGUUUUUAUGAAGAAGGAUUAUAGAAACAAAGCAAUUAAGAUAUCGACCAUCGAGCAACUUUGCAAUUGGAUACUAAUAGAAAUAUCAAUCAGUUAUUAUGUAAAAUGUAAAUAAUACAUAAUAUUAAAUAUGUGUAAGGUAAUUAUUUCACCUUAUAACUCUUGCUAUGUAUAUUAUAUGUAAUAUAUGUUUUAUCGAUUCUUAUGGCAAAAAUGAUCGAUAAAUGAUAAUACUAAUAACAACAUCAAUUAUGUAAAUAAUAUUAAUACAAUCCAAAAAAGACUGUUUAGAGAAUAAUAUAAUUUCUAGUGUUGGUUGUUCAAUUUUUUCAAUUAAUAUAAACAGGACAAAUACUGCACAUUUUGACUUAAAUUUCAAAUCAGCGAGUUAACCAGCGUUGCUAAACUAAUAUCAUUGCAAACUACUGAGAUAAAUAUGGUUUUUCAAAAAAAAAGUAUCGUAUUAUACAUAUAAAAUAUUUAGAUCACUAUACGCUCGCACAGUAUAUUAUGUUUUCGGUUAAAAUAUUGACGAUCAAGUGCUGCUGGGAAAGUUCAACGUCAAUAGGUUUUCUUUUGUGUUCAUAUUGUGUCUUUUCCGUUAUUAUUGAUAGUUUUUUAAAUCGCUUAUAGAGCCGAGCAAUUUAGUUUGACUAUGAACAGCUUUUCUGCUAGAAAUCUAGAUCCAAUCAAAAUACGACAAGAGAAUUAAUUGUUGGUAGCAUUUUGGAUCUAGUUUGUGCAUUAUUGAAGAGGUAAUUUUUGAUUUGCUUUGAACUUUUUUCUAAUAAUUGAUUAAAACCACAAAAACGUAGAAGAAACGGGAAGUUUAUUGGAAUAAUGGGUUCGUUAUAUUUUCAAUGGUGUUUUGUUUUGUUUUUUUUUUUUUCUCAAAUUCGGUUAAAUAUAUUCAUCUUUGUAAAACCAAACACGUUCUUCGUUACACACAGAAUCUAAAAUAAGGGAAAACCGUGCGUAACGCAUAUAGCAGUUCGUUGGUUUUUUUUUUUUCUGUCCAAGCCGUUUUAAGAUCAACCAUUUUCCUAUUGUUGCCAUCCGUCCGCCGACCGUGAGCGAUGUUUCCCGCGUGUGUCGGCGGCGGCGGUAGUUAUGGCGCGGCGGUGGCUGCGGGUGUCGGCGGCGGCGACGGUGGUGGCGGCGGCGGCGGUUAGUGGCUGCGGGCGCGUGGCGGUUUUAUUUUUUUUUUCGAUUUAAACGUUUGUCCGACGUCGUCCGGAGAGCACGGCCGGUGCGCGUGUGUUGCCGUCGUCGACGCGAUCCGUUUUUCCGUACAGGAUUUGACGCGUAAUAAUCAUACACGAUAUCAUUUCGUAUAAAUCGCGUUCUGUUGUCGAUUUAUUUCAUUUUGCUCGUGUGUUCUCGCGGCGCGCGUAUCAAUUGUUAUAAUAGCGACGGCAGCCGGAGAAAAAAAAAAAACGUCGGGUAAUAUUAUAUACGUGUAUGUAUAGGCGUACACUUACCGAUACACUGCGAUAUCGAUAGGUACACGCGCGUCGCGACCGGUGAGAAAACGUCCCGUCUAUCAGUCAUCGUCGUUCGUACAUCGGGCCCGUUAUCGUUUUCCGACACCGGACGAUUAUACGGGGGGGAGGGGAAGGGGGGAGGGAAAAACAAAACGAAACGAAACGAAAAAACGGUACCCGACGAACGGUGUACGCGACUCGCGGCUGUCAAUUCGUCAAGACCGCGCGACACUCGCCGAACACCAAUAAUUUCGUAAGUCGUUUUUAUUUUUAUUUCAUCCGUUUUCUUUGUCGACGUUCGCGCAGAGUCCCGCGGCCAUUUGGGUCGACCGGCACCGCGUACAAUCGUCGCCGCCCGCAAUGGCGUAAAUAUCGGCGUCGAUUUCUUGGCGGCGCAGCGUAAAAGAUAUUGAAUUUUCCGACCCACCGACCCGCCGUGCUUAAUAAACAAAUAAUUUCCACCGGUAACAAUAUUUUAUUAUUAUUAUUUUUUCCAAAGAUCAACAAUAUUUACUGUCGAAUCAAUACAGUAAAAGCCUCUUUAUUGGUUAUAAAUCCGUUAUGUACUUAAAAUCCGCGAAAAACCGCUUAAAUCGUCAAAAUAGCACUUCGCAAUAUUAAAUCAAAAACGGUAAAGGCGUUUUAAAAUCCCCGUUCUAAUGGUUUUAACCCUAUAUUAAGUACAUUUUUCUAACAUUGACAAAUGACUAACACAAAAAAUUAUUGUUUUUUUUAAUAACACGUACAAAUAUAUUUGAAGACAAUUAUUUAGGUAAUAAUCGCGUUUUUUAAUGUUUUAAAAAAUUAUUUUUAAUAAGUUAGAAAAAAAUAGACGGGGAAACUUUUAAACCCCUCUACCUUUGUUGCUCUUUUGAAUAAUUUUUAAGUGAUUUGUCAGGGCUUUUAUGUCGUUUUUUAAUUGCUUUUUUUUUGUGAAUUUUUAGUGUAUAUAAAUCCGUUCGCUAGUUAUCAAAUAUUAUAUUUAAUACGUGAGCGUUACAGUGGACAAAGGAUGUCCGUGCAUCUAAUUCACGCAAUCUCGAUUGAUGUACUUAUACACAUGGUAGCUGUCCCACAAUGAAAUUGUAAUGACCAAAUUUCAAAUACGAACUCAAAUCGUUUUUCAAAACAGAAAUUUAACUACAGAGAGUAUGUCCUUAUUAGACUUUAUUGGUCUAAAUGUACGAAAAAACGAACCUUUUCUACCAAUUUAACUUACAAACGAUAAAUAUUUACGGCACGCCGCGGCGUUACCGAUUUCAUUGUUUUUAAUUUUAAUAUUGCUCAAAUAGUAAAACAAGUGAUCUUUUUUGUUAUAUUUUUGGAUUUAGAUGCUCCUGAAAAAAAAAAAAUCGAUUUUUGAUUUUCCAAGUAGUUUUCAUAAUAAAUUGAAAAACCAAAAAAAGACGAAAAAUAAAAAAGAGCAAAUUCAUACGAUUUCAUUGUUUAAAAUUUUUGCGGUUUAUGUUUUCCAUCAUAAAUAUUGCUCCAAUAGAAAAACAACAAGAGAUUUUUUUUGUUGAAUUUUUAAUCUAGUUGGUGAGUAAGAAAAUCAUUUUUUGAUUUUUCCUAUAAUCUUUUUAAUAAUUGAGCUAAACCGAAAAAGAACGUAGAAAGACCCAGAAGAUUUAUGAAAAUAAUGAUUUUGAAAGGUAUCUUAUAUUUACAUUUUCUUCAUGUGGUACCUAUAAUUUUCAUUUUUGAGCUAUGUGUAGACAUUUUAAUUUUGUAAGUUUUUAAUGUAAUUUUUAUUUGGUAGGUACUCUGUAGAUAAAAUUGUUGGACUACACAGAAGUGCUUGAAAAUUUAACAGGAGGUUCAUUAUAAGAGUUUUAAAAUCAAAUUUUUAUGAAAAUUAUAAAUAUUACAACCUUUCAAAUCAUGUAUACCCGAACUUUACUACGAAUCGUUUUUUGUCAACAAUGGUUUAUUUUUGCUUACCAUUCUCAGUAUUAGCUCUUUUUUUUUUUGGACCAUUUAAAGAACAAUAGUAGUUCUAAAUAUUACAUUACUGAUAUUUUAUUAGAGCAUCAUUUAGUUGUAGAGCGACGCAUGGCAUUUGAAUCAGUGGCAUAGCGAGGGGGGUUAUUGGUGGUGAAGCAACACCCUCCCCUUCUUGAUCAUGUUUAUUUAAUACAUGUACAUACAAAUAUUGUGCAAGAUAAUAAUUUUACAAUGGCUAUAGUUACCCACAUACGUAAACGUAACUAUAUCUCUAUGUAAAUUACUUAACAAUGUUCGUUUUUUUAUAAGAAUUUUAAUAUGAAAUUUUGACAAAAAUCAUAAAUAUUACGACAUUUCAAAACAUGCCGUUAUAACUGAACUCCGCUCAGAAUCGUUUUUCGAUACCAAUGAUUAAUUGUUGCUCACAGAUAUACAUUAAAUUCCCUUCUAUAUUCUACCUUCCUUCCUUCUCAUCUAUAACAGCGUUCCACCUAUCGUGCGAAGUAUGUCCGUCUUUUUUCAAUCAAUAGGUUUUGUUACUUUUCAUAACACUCCCCUUUGAAAAUUUCUGGCUACGUGCUUGGUUUGAAUAGUACUUAACUACUUUAUCCCUACCCAAAAUUCAAAGUGAAAAGGUGGUUUCAUCGUCAAAAAUAACGGUAAUAUAACAUUUUAGAGCUGUUUGUUUCAUAAAUUGUCUUGAAAAAAAAGUUAAUUCUUUCCGAGACAAUGAGUGUCUUAUCGAGGAUUGAUCACUUUGUUGGCCACAAUUAUAAAAGGACCCAUACAUGAUCAUUCGAGUUUGACAGUUUUAAGAUUAUUGAUAAGACUUGUACAAAAAGUCAAACAUGUUCAAAUUCAUCAACCAUGAAAAAAUGAUUGACACUCAUUUGCAACACGGGAAAUUGGCAAUCUUGAAUGAUUGUGUCUUAGCCACUUAUUAAGAUGGUUAGUAACAACCUAGCCCUAUUUUUAAACUCGCACGAAUAGAAUCCGUACACGAACUAUUCACAUACUUUAUUUCCCUAAAUAAAACAUAGGCGUGUCAUAGACCUUUAUAUAGCCGACGAGGCAAAAUUUAAAUUUAUAAUUAUAUAAAUUCUCCCAUUCUUCAAAGCACUUAUUAUGAAUAUUUUUUAAAUUGAUACAGUUAUGUAUUAGUUACAUGCAAUCUCGAGAUUAAAUAAUAUUUAAUUCAACUGAAACACAUUCGUUAUACAAUAAUAUUUUUAAUUAAUUUUGAAUAAAUACAUAUGAAAUGUAUCCACUACAAAAAGUAGAAAAGUUAUUCAUAGAUAAAAAAAAAAAAAAAAUAAAUAAAUAUCUUUGUAAAACCAUAAGAUUCUUCGCUCUACUCAGAAUCUAAAAUUACUAUACAACACGAGACAACACGAGUUACGUAAUUGCACACUUACACUGAUCACUGCCUCACCGGUAGUGGUGCUCUGUAGCGUUUCAGUUACAUGCGCGAUUAAUAUACCGUGGUUACAUGUAAUGCGUUUUCUAACAAUGUGUAUAAAUAACUGUAUGACUUACUGGAGCCAUAGAUGAACUCUAUUAUCAAUAUGUAACCUCAUCGGUUUCGAUUAUGGAAACCGAUAACUGAUAAGGUUUGUUCAACAUUUUUUAUUUAUUAAUUAAAUAGUAUUUAUCAAAUUAUUCGACUUAUGUAAUAAAUGCAUGUAAUGAACGGCUUAUACCUACGUAUCAAAUAUCAUUAUUUAAGUAUAUGCACCAACAGAAAAUCAGAGAAGUGGGCAUACGCUGUAUACCCGCGUACACGCCCCACUAUACCACUGGUGUUAGAAUUUUAAUAGUUUUGAUAACGACAUUAAUAUUGAUAUUGUAAUCUGAUUCUUGAUGAAUAUACAUUGUCAACAGGUUCUAUUAACGGCCUUGGUUUCAUUGUGCUUUGAAGUUUAUAGGUUUAAUGAAACUUAAUUUUUAAAAUGACAUUUUAUCACAAGUGCAGCUAGUAACCGGAAUGGCAACAAACGUUUAUAUAGUUUGAUUUAUAUUUAUAAACAUUGCAUAUCUUUAAUUUAUAGUUGAUCAUUCAAUCCAAUCAAGGCAUUUAUUUUGUCUGUCUUCAGACAUAGAGUCUUCUAACUUCUAAAUUAUUUUGAUUUGAAUCAAACACCUGAAUUAAACUCAAAAUAUUUUCAUUAUCAACUUCAAGCAUUAUUAAAUUGUGUAUGUUAACAAUAUUUUCUAUCAUUUGAAUUUUGAAUUUUCUCUCGAUUCAAACUAAACGCUAUGUUAUUAAUUAUUUUGUCCAACAUUGAUGAUGUUUGUUAAUAAAUUAAUUUAAAAGGUCUCAGAAUUUCCAGGAGAGACAAUUGCUCACUCUGCCUUAAACGUAGACACGUCUAUGAUAUAUAAUGAAAAAUUUAAAAUUAAAUUCUCUAAUUCCUCGAACUUAUCCGUGUAACUUCGUUCCACUAAACGUAAUUUUUCGGUCAAUUUUAUAUAUGAUUUGUAUUCAAAAAAUUGUUUUGGACCUUAGUUUAUGUAAACAAAUUUAAUUUUUAAUUUUAAGUUUAAAAAAAAUAUAUAAAUCUCGCAUUGACUGCUAUACCUACAUCAUGGUACAAGAAAUGCAAAUAUUUAAAUGCUAAGUAGAUCGUUUUAAUCAGUUAAUAACAGAGAGUUAGAUAGAAUGAUAUUUAGACAGUAACUAAGGGGUUAUUUAAUCCCACGAGUGUAUAGAGGCGACAUAGUAGCGAGGGACAAAAUUACUCCUCUUGGCUUAACUAAUAAUUCUACUGAGGCCCAAGAAUGACCCUUAUGGCAGUUAAGGUGAUAAAUAAGAUAUAACAAUCAAAAAGUAGUUAUUAUUGAAAAGUAUACCGUUGACAUCGACCACAAUCACAUUGUUCGUAAUGUAAUAUACUUCCUUAUUUUGAAAAAUAUUUUUACCAGCAGCUAGACAAGAGCAAUAAUAUUAUACAAAUUUAAGUGGCGUCGUCUCCGUUCGGAAGUACCCAUACAUAAAUCGCGUAAAAAAAAAAAAAACUCUAAAACGCGCAUGUCCGAGUAGUGUACAUCGGUAUAUACUUAAUGUAAAUAGUAGAUUUCUACAGGAGUGUUAUUAUUGUUGUUGUUUAGGUAUAAUGCUAUUAUAAUAUGUAAAUCGUAAAUAAAACACACGUGUAUUACACACACACAACACUGAACGCAUAUGAAUGUAAUACAGUCACUGUAGUCGGUGUACAGACAAUAUUUCGAAAUGCCUAAAAACCUCUAACCGGCAGUAUAUAAUAUUAUAAUAUACUACUUGUAAUUACUAAAUAGAUAUUGAAUAAGCGAAGAUUUUUAUUCAGAAUUGAAGAUGAUAGUUAUUUUUUAGUACAAAUAAUAUAGAACAUUAUACGGCAUACGGGGGUAAGGGGGGUACGGCUGCUAGAAUAAUUAUAAUUUAUAUAGGUAUUAUAUAAAUAUGGUUUAUAAUGGAAAAAUCGAUUUUUAUAGGGAAGGGGGGGGGGCUUCGGAUGGCUAACCCCCCAAUUUCUGCUUAUGCGAAAACGUGAAUAAUAGGUACAAUUAUUAUUAUCAGGGCCGGAUUUAGGAAUUAGAUAAGGAGCGGAUAAACGAAAAGUCACUUUUCGUUUUACCGUUAAAAAUGUAUUUAUAGUAAGUAUACAAGUUAUAAAUUAUAAUUUAUAUAAUAUCUAAAUCUUAAUUUUAAAUUAUAUACAUUCUAAGAGAGAGGGGAGCUCUCGUAGCCCCUCCCCCUUUGUAGUAAUUGUUGUGCCCGUAAUUAUUAUGAUUUCCGUUUAUAAAGCAAAACGUCGUCGAAACACAACGCGUAUAGUAUUCGUCGUUGCUGAGCGUUUUAAAUUUUGUGACCAGAAUUUCCGAAUAGUUUAUACUAAUAGUUAAUAGUUUACCAUUAACUACAUCGAUAAUAUUCAGAACACUGGAAUAUUUUUAUCCAUCACCGAAUAGUGUUAUUUGGGAAAACUAUAUUUUUGCCUUUGAUAAUAACCGAAUAAAAACUAUUCGAAUUGUUUUUUUCCCCCCAUGUUUUUGAUCUAUCGAAUAGUUCUAUAACAAUUAUUUGGUUGUUCCCAUCGCUAGUUUUAUUAAAAUAACAAUAUAUAACGUUGUUAAAUGAUAUAUUAUAAUUUAUAAUUUUUUACGUAUGUCUAACUAUAGACGAAUUUAAAUCGUCAAACGAUCUUUUGUUUUUAAACGUACAUAUAUAUACUAUUAUUAUAGUUAUAUUAUAAUUGUAUGUAAAUUUAUACUUUUGAGUUCUAACGAUGGCUAUUACCCAUAGUUUACUGUUUAGUAUUCAUCAAUCGAGUAAACAGAUUUUCAAACGAUACAUAUUUUUUUUUACCAUUGUUCGUUGUGCGUAUAAGUAUAUUAAACAUAAGUAGUAAAAUUCAUCGUACGUCAUUUAACUCGAUUGAGUUUUAAACUAUGCCUACACAUUUACAGACAUUUUAUAUUGCAUUCAAUCAACUUUUGAGAUAAAUAAAACAUUCAUUUGUAGUCAAAUUAUGAGCGAUAAAAAAUAAAGCCAGCUGCAAUGUAUACUGGUCGUUGUGUUGCCUGGAAAUUUAUCUUUUAAAAAACGACGUUUCCUGAUUGAAUGUGGUAACGAAAUGAAAUAAUAACGAAUGUUUUUUUUUAUUUUUUUUUUAUUUCAUCCGCGUCACCAAGGUAAUCCAGAAAUAAAAAAAAAAAAAAAUCAAUUUCGUUCAUAAUUAAGUAUCAAAAAUCAAGCGCGAGUGCAUCUAUUAUGUGUUAAAUUUCGAGAUGAAUAAGCGACGACCGCGACCUUCUGAUCCGUUUUAAAUGUCAAUAAGUGCGCAAAGUUCGAUCGAAGUCGGUAUUGAAAUAUAGUUUUUCAUACAGCGGACCGACUUUCAAUUUCAUACAUAAUAUAAUUUUAAAAUUUUCAAUUAUUUACACUUAUCUGUUGUGAGAUCAGGAAUCGUUCCUUGGACGACGAACCGAUGUGUAUACGUAAAAUUCGAUUGCAAAAUAAUUGUAUUUCGCUAUAAGUUAACAAUAGCCGUUACAAUAAUACACACGAGACCAACGCCAAAUGACGUUAAACCACCAGAAUUAUUACGCGUUAUAGCCUAGGUACCUACGUGGGCGAUGCGAUUUUUUCGUUAGUCGAAUAUAUUAUUAUUUUAUUAGAAACACAUUAAUAGUUGAUUUUACAUCGAGAAACGGAAAUGGAUUUCCGUCAAUAAAACUGACCCCCGUACGGAACAUGUACGAGACGCAAAACGAAAGUGGCGCAUUGCAACCGAACUAAUUCGGUUUGUGUUUUCUGUAGAAAAAUAAAAAUUUGGCAGGCGGACAAAUUAUAUUGAGAUCGGAAACGCCGAAUCGUCGUGCGUGGACCACACGUCGUAGGCACCUAUAUCAUAUUUCGUCACUGACAGGGAUUCGUCUCCGACGGCACCGUGCGGUAAUCCCGGUGUUUAACACACGUGGGCUUUUUUUAUCACUCCGUGUAUAAUAAUAUAUUAUAUCAGUCAAUACCUACUGCAAUUUAACCUACACUUUGAUUUGGCUGAUACGUAUAUUCAAAUCUGUACGAGUACACAAUAUGAAAUCACUAUAAAAUUUUAUACUAACAGACGCCGUAUGAAAAAAUACAAAAACGAUGUAGGCACCGUUAAUAAUAUAAUAGUACAUGUCCCUAUUGACAUUUGUAUCGAAGAUAAAAAUUAUGGACAUUUUUUUAGAUUCCAAGCGAGUUAGUUUUAUUAUAGAGUGUUUUUUUUUUUUUUUGUCCCGACUAUUAAUUUAUCUACAAGAGAUCUCGCUCAGGUCAAACAUUUUAUAGGAACGUUUUCGGUCUAGUUGACGCGUCGAUAUCAUAGUUUAAUUUUCCUUGUAGUUGUCAAAUGGGAAAAAAGAUAACACGGGGAAAAAUACGAAUACUGUUUACUAUUCUGCUCAGAAUUGUUUAUCGUUAACAAUGGUUUGCAGUUCCGUGCAAUUUACAAGUAUAAAUUAAAUCACUCCAUUUAUCUCCCCUACCGACUUUCCUACAUAAACAGUGGCCCGCCCAUUCGCAGUAUCGUUUUUUUUUUCUUUUAUUCGUCAUUCGCUUAUCCGGCGUAUUAAAAUAUUACACAAUUACUGUAGAAAUCGAGGAUUUAUUACCGUCGGCCACGAAAACCUGAACAAUUGUAUCCUCUAUAGGACUUUAUUAUACAAUAGAUAAUAAUUAUGUUUCGUAUAGAAAAUAUUAGUUUUUUUUUUUUUUUUUUUUAUAUAAUUUUUAUUCAAAAUAUAUCUCUCAAGUAGACGGGUCACAUGGCGCCCACAUUAAGGCCACAUUAUUAUAGGUAUAGUUGUUUUGUUGAUCUAAAGUUUUCCGAAUUAGUGUAAAAUAUUUGUACGGAUAUUUUCUCGGUACACCUAUACCCUGUUUUAUUUUUUUUUUUCAAACACGAUGUAUAUUAUGAAUAUAUACGCAUUGACAGAAAAAUAAAACCGUAAAUAAAUAUUGUAAACAAAUAAUAUUUGAUUUUGUGCGUUCGUCAUUCGAAUUUCACUUAUACACAAUAUUUGAUACUAUCAAAAGAAAUAUUGAUAAUUAUACAUAAUACAUACAUACAUAUAUAAGCCGUAGUUUUUUUAUUCAAUCGAUUAUUUUUCGAGUAAAGUAUAUACGAUAAUAUGUAAUACAUAAUAUAAUAAAAACGUAUUAUUUUUUUUUUUCUUCUACUUUGUUUCUAUACAGACAGAUAUCCAUUUCCUAAGAGAACAAUUUUAUUACACAUCUACAUAGGUUAGGUUAAUACUAUAUAUCAUCAUGAAGGUUAAAAUUAAAAGGUUAAUUUCGAUGAAGUGCUAUGGCGGGCUCGGGUUUCCUUUGAGUUAAUUGGAAUUUGUUUGCGUAUGUAUAUACUAAUAUGGAUUGCAGUGACACGGCGCACACCGUACACUGUACAUGUCGUACAAUGUAGGUACAUAUUAUGUACAUUAAUAAGGGGGAGGGGAAUACUAAAAUAUCAAGAAGUUAAUUGCAUUUAAAAAACAGUUUGGUAUUUAACAUUUGGCUUGACACGAAGGAUGUUGACACUUGAGCGUAAAAGUAAAGUGGUUUUAAAUGACACUUGACUUGACUGAAAUGAUUCGGAUUGUAAAACGUAUUAGACAUUUUUACUUCUCUCCCAGCGGGAUAUUUACAUGUGUUCGAAUUUUUGAAAGGCCCGGAUGCCAAUAUUUUGUAGAGUGAAAUUGGCCUAAUAUACACGGUGAUCACGAACCAAGGAUUUUCUCAGACGAUUUUAAGGGGUUGCUUUUUGAAAAUCCAAAGUGUACACUCAUUUCAGAUAUAAGUAGUAAGAGUAAGAAAUUGAAGACUGAGUUUUUAUUCUUAUAAAGCUUAUAAGAUUCCAUAAUGGUAAAAAAAAAAACAACAAAUAUCAUUCACUUAAAAUCUCCCGAGAAAAUCGCUGGUUCAUUUUAAGUGGAUUACUCUGAAUUAUCUUUUGCAAUCGAUACGAAAACUGAACGUUUUAAGUUUUUAAUAUAUUGGUAUAAAAUGGUUUAAACUAAUACGUAUCCGGUAUACAGGCAGAAGUAUAAAAAAAUAAUCCUACAAAAAAAAAAAAAAAACGAUAAAUAAUAGCAGAAAUAAUAAUAUUUAUUAUAGAACGAGUUGUACGAUAUGUAAUUUAACCUUGUUACUGGUAUAAAUUUAACAUAGGUUACACACCUAUGUAUACAUAAAUAAUAUUGAAUAUCGUGAAACUAUUAAAAAUGUAUAUUAUUAUUUUAUAAUUAGGAAUCUAUUCAAAUAAAGUGAGGGGAAUGGUGAACACUUUAUCCACGGAGAACUUACCAAAAAUACCUAGAGUUAGUAGUACUCUUAGCAAUGUAGAUCGUGUAACGCAAUUUUAUUUGAUAUCCCUAAUAAUUAUUUAUUACUCGUCUAAUAACUGUAAACAUUAUUGUUUUCAUAUUGUGAUAUUCAUUCGAGUUCAUCUUAAAAAGGCCGAUUUCAGGAUAUUUUAAUUUUAUAUAGAGAGUUCGCAUUUUACAUAUAAUUAGAAGACUAAUUCGGCCUGUAUAAAUAAAUCAGAACCAGAGUCGUAGCCAUCUGAGGUUGGGGGAGACCGAUUAGAGGAUGAUAACAGAGCCUAUCCAAAAUGUCUCCGACAACUAUACUUUUCGUAUGUUUGAAAAGUGUACAAGUAUAUUAUUAUUUUUUAAGUAAUACAUUCUAAUUAAAUGCAGUUUACUACACGUGCAACAAUUUUAUUAAAAAAUAAUUGGUACUUAGGUAGGUAUAUACGACUUUUUAAUCGUCUUAUUAAUCUAUCGAAAAUUUAUUUUUUUUCGUUUUUAAGUGAACGAGAAGAUUAAUGUAAAAUCAAACCACUCCUCUCGGAAUUUUUUCCCCUGGCUUAUUCGCUGUCGCCAAUCGGAUUUACCGGAGACUCGGUCGACUCAUAUAGAUGUCCAAUGUUGGCGCCAAGUAUUGCGAGGCUUUGGAAAAAAUACUCUUGUGAGGCCUGAAAACAUAUAGGUGCCUGGUGGGAGGAGGACAUACACUAUCUGGCUAUUCGGAAAUAAAUCCGUUAGAUAUUUUAAGACUUAAAACGAUCGUAUGAAAAAAAAGUUACCAUUAUAAACCUGUUAUUCCCUAAAAAAUUCUACGAAGUGUUUAUGCCUAAAUGUUUUAUGCAUUAAGGUUUUGAAUUUUAUUUAAUUGUUGAACAUAAUCAAAGUAAAGAACAUAGCCUAUAAAAAAAAAAAAAAAAUUAAAUACCUACCAAUAAAGAACGAAAACGUUUACACGUUUUCAAAUGAGUUGUCGAACUUGUUAAACGUGUCUGUUUAAUUGUUAACAAAAACAAAAAAAUAUCAGAAGUAUAAUAUUGGAAUGUUAAAAUUAUACAAUACAAAUCUUGUCUAUUCAAAUAUUAUUUUUAUUGGUUUUUUUUUUGAAGCAGAGUCAUCUAUAGGUAUAGUUAAGAAAUUUGGAACUUGGUGAUUUUUUGGCGCGAGGCCUACCACGAAGCGCGGGGCCCUGGAAAAAUGUUCAGUCUGCCAUACUCAGCUACUCUUCCGCCGCCGGCGCUGUAGGUAUAAAGAGUUUUCAGAAUAUCCAAUAAAUAUGAUCGAACAUUUUCGAUCGCUUAAAUCGUCAGAUUCGUUUCGUUCGAUAAUAGUUAAACGAAAAGGAUUUAAAAAAAAUAAAAUAAAAAUAAAACCGCGUAAACACAGUAUCACGUAAUAUUGUAUAAUAAUCGCGAAUCAUUUUGUUACUUUUUACACAUGUCGCCGUCGUCGAUGACAGCCUUGAGUAGUGACGACGAGUCGGCGGUCGUAUUUCGUUCCACGAGCAAUAAUUAAAAAAAAAAAAAAAAAAAAAAAAAAAAAAAAACGUUUCUAUUAUAUUGCUAUUAAUACUGUUACAAUAAUGUUAACAAGCGCCGAUAUACGUGUUAAAUCUAAAUUAAUAUAUCGUAAUAGAAUUUUUUUUUUUUUUUUACACGGAUAUUAUUUUGUACCUGUAUAGAAAUAAAAUAUCCCCUAAUAUUAAUUAAUCGUAACACGCGAUGAAUUUAAAAAUAGUUUUUUUCUUCCUGUGCAUUUUUUGCGCAAUAUGUUAUUAUAAUAAUACACGUAUAUAAUAGUUAAUUAUUAUAUUAUUGUGAAAAACGGUUAACCCAUUUUACAACACGGGUAACCGCGCGGCAGCGAAAAUUCCAUACAUUUUCACUUCUACCGGACAUCUGGGCGUUUUUUUUUUUUAAAUUCUGAGCGCAGCGAGUUAUGACGUAUUGCAGGGUUUUUAAAAUUGAAAAAAAAAAAAAAACAGAAAUGCCGGAGUAGCUGGUUUUCGAGUCGACCUUACUAAAAAUUAAACCUGCAUACCGGACGGCUCUAUUUAUUGUUAAACUUAUACUAAUUUUAUUUAAUUAUUUAAUUCUACUUGAAAAUAUUACUAAAACUGCAGCUAUAAUUUGUGUAGGCGAACGAAGUAAAAUAGUACAGGGUAUCUGCCUAAACAUACUAUUUGAUUUGGUCGUUAUUCACGUAGGUAUCUUAUCUAAACAAAUGUGUUGUAAUAAAACAGCCGACAUAGGUAUCUGCCUGUACAAAUUAGGUUUAUUGAAGAUUAAAUUGUUAAUUUAAGUUGCAGAUAGCAAUAAUAUAUUCUGAUCAUUUGUAAUGUAAAAUAAAUAAACAAUAAUACACAAAUUGAAUUAAUAAAAUUAAUAGAUUUUACUAAAUUGCAAAUAUAUUAUAUAGAAUUUAUUGGAAACAGAAUUAAAAUAACGAGUAAUGUACAAUACAAUAUUAUGAUGUUUAAUUGAAUGUGACUAUAAGUAGUUCACGUAUAUUGUAUAUUAUAUCUAUUAAUUAUAACACGGUUACUUUAUGUAUAAUAUAUUGUUUAUCACGAUAUUGUAAAUAUGAUUAGACAUUAUAUCAAAUAUUAAUAAAUUGUAUGGCAAAUGCAUUACAUAUACCUAAUUAAAUAUAGCGGAUAAAAUUAAUAAAACGAUAUAGUAUAAUUAAAUAUGUACCUAUAGAUAUAUUGUGUCUGUAUGGUAGGUAUUUUAAAUAACAUAUUAUGUAUUUUAGUUACAUUACAUUUAUAUUGAUAACACGAUAAAAUAGUAUUUGAUAUCACAGGAUAAAUAUUCAUUAUAUGCGUGUAACAAAAUACAAUUUUAUCGUUAAAUUAUUUGACAGAGUUAUGCAGGUGGUAGCGAGUAACAACAAAUAAUUUGAAUUUUAACAAAUUUGAACAAUUCGUGACAUCAUAAGCGGCUUGUUUUCUAAUCAGGUGCUAAAAAUGACUAACUUUCGGCUCUGCUAAUAUUAUAUUCCCUGUAUUCGAUCAUUUUUAGAUCAUGUACAGCUAAAUUGAUUAAGUACCUGUAUAGGUUUUUUUAUUUUAUUUAAAUAUUUCUAGAAUACUACAUUUUUUACAUAUAUUGAUAUACCUUAUAUAUACCUUAUAGACCGAAGCCGAGCUUUUCACCGCGAGAUAUUUUUCGUUUAAAAACUAGCGUCGUUGUUUUUCAACGUACGCUUGUGGGAUAACCACUAUGAUACAUAGAUCUAUUAAAGGCAUUUUGUAAUAAAUGUACCCUUCCUUUUGAUUUUUGGAUCAAGAAUAUCUCUGGUAUAUCAUUGUAAUGAGAUAGUGGUUUUAAGGCUAAACACAUUGGCUUGGUACUCUACACAAGUCCCCUCCUUAGUUUGAUACAAUAAAAUUCCUUCCAAGGGAACUAGCCUGAAGUUUGUCUGAUCGUCACUAAACUUUGGAAAUGGUUCCUAGGUAACCCUCAUCAAAUGUAAUAAUCGAAAGGGUUCAAAAACGGUCGGUGGGUCAUUAUUUACCGAAGCACCACUCUUUCCCCUGAAUAAACUAUUUUGAAAGUAAAAAAAUAUAACUAUUGUGUUUAACAAACAAACCAAAGAGGUCAAGGGAAAACUUCCCUCUAAAAUUUAUGUAAAAAUAAAGAAAAAGUUUUGCUAUUGAAUAUUCUUAAAUUUAAUUAGUCUUGUUAUCAAUUAUGAUUCAGUUUUAUCAAGUAAUUUAAAAUACCAUGGUUAAACUACAUAUUUAUCAAAUAAAAUUCAAAAUGAAUUUAUAAAUUCGGUAGGUACUAAAGUAAGAAAAGAAAAAAUUUAUAAAAUAAAAAAACCAAAAUAAUUUUCUAUAAAUUUUUAUUCUAUUCCGGACGUCUCACGUAAAGAUCAGCUCUGUCGAAAUAUCAUGUCAGUUACUGUAUAAUUUGGAGAACGAUACCUUAGUAAAAUAAAAUUAAUUAAGAUUUACAAACUCGACAUAUUUUUCUAUUGAAAAUAAAAUAACCCAAAAAAUCGACCUUGAAGACGUUAUAGAAGAUUUUGCAUCAAAUCCAGAAAAAUUAAAUUUUAAGUCAUAUAAAUACUUGAUUUAUGAAAUAAAUAUUUAGUUGCCUUUUUUUUUUUAUAAUAAUAAUCACACUAUUUAUUACUGUUUAAAAUCUAAACUAUUAUAUAAAUAAUUAAAUGAACGGGAGAUCGGAAUUUUUAACCUUGCGUCCGGGUGCAAAAUCAAAACGACACGGCUCUGCUAGUGCAUCCCGCCGCGAUCUUUUCGCCGCCGGUCAAUAAUGACCCACCGACCAUUUUGUAGCAAAAUUCCUUUUUCCGAUCGAUAGUAAACUCUGUUAGAACAGUCUAGGGGUGAUCACGUAGGGGUCAUAUCUAAAGUUUGGUAGUGAUCGGAUGAAUUCCAAGCUAGUUUUACCGAAAGGGAUUUAAUGGUAUCAAACUACGGAGGGGACUUGUCCAUGGGGUUCCAAGCCAAAUUUGUUGGCGUCAAAACCACUUUCUAAUCACCAAAUCUCAUUGAGGUAUAAUUUAUUCAAAAAUCAGAAGUGGGGUAUAUUUAAUAUAAAACGCCCCUAAUAGGUCUAUGCAUGAUAGCGAAGAUCCCAUCAACGUACGUUGAAAAACAACGGCACCGGUUUUGGCACGAAAAAAUGUCUCGCGGCGAAUAGUUGGUGGCGGAUUGAACGGCGGCGAAAAGAUAUAGACCCCUUAUGGAGAUUAGUAUAAAAACAAAUAAUUAUCAAUGACCUUAAAUAAUAGCUCUGUGGUAGCGAUGGGUUCUGGUAGACUGCGCGGACAUUGGACACCUGGUAACCCGCAACGAUGAAACGCAUGGGAUACCAAAGAUUUUUUCAGCCAUGGCGAUCAUGGUCCGUAGCUUCACGUUUUCACGACCCGACAAACCAAACCUUAGGUAUUUAUCUUAUUUUCUAUGAUUAAUAUUCUUUCGUGAGCAUUUCCACGAAGUCGGUUCCGCAUUAACCGUACACACAAUAUAAUAACGUUGCAUAUUAAUUAGGAAAAUAUUUUCUCGGAAUUUCAAUAAUCCACACACACAUGGAAUCAAACGAAAACAGAAAUUACUAAGCUGCGCGCGCUACGACGACUGAACAGUAUUCAUUCAGUACAAUGGCGAAUAAUGGAAUAUUACACAUUAGCCGUAAUGUUUUGACGGAGCAACGAUAAUUUUCCGCCUAAAAACCGAUUAUGUGUUUUAGCUAAAAGUACGACUAACACGAUUAUGUGCAUAACAGUUUCAACUUAUGAAUCGUUAGGCACCGAACGUUGUCAAGUUUUAAUAACCCGUAGUUGAAUACGAUUAUUAAAUUAUUGUCAGCUUUAGCUUUGACGUUUUACUUAUUACCAAAUUAUUUUUUGCCGUGCAUUAUUUGUCUGUCUGUGAACGACUUUUCUGCCAGAAGUUUCGACCCGAUGUUCAAUUGUAACAUAUUUUUUGAAAGAAAAUUUCAUCCAUAGUGGGUGUAUUGAUAUCCUUGCAAUUUUCUUAAUAUAAUUGGGAAAUUGUGCGGCAUUAAAACAAUUUCUUUAUUUUCAAUUUUUUUUUUUUUUUUUUGUUGUUAUAUGGUUAAAUAUAACCGCGGAGACCUGUUCGCAGAAUAUAAGUCCUUCCCUUCUUAUUUGGUUUUACACGUAAUGGAUAAAAUUUCCGAGCACAAGUAGAUGACAACUUCACACGAGUUUCAUCAUAAAUUAUACUUACAAAAAUAAAAAAAACUGCUCGGAAUCGUUUUUUAUUCGCAAUGAUUUAUGAUUGCACACAGUAUAUUAUAAAAGCAAACUAUACUGUGUGUCUCCUAACUACUCAUCAAUUACUCUUUUUGAAAAAAUACAACUCACAAUGAACCAUGGGUAAGAUAAUUAAGCAUUUCUGCCCUGCCAAAACAAUUAUAUCCGCAUAAAACUAAAUAAUAGCCAAAAAAUCGAAAACGUCAAAGGUCUACGAACUACGUGAAAAUCACCAGGAUUUUUUUUUUAAAUUUUACCAUGUCUAUAAAACGCCAAUGUAGCUAUAUUCUCAAAAAACGUCAGGUCUCUACGGUUAUUUUUUAUCGAUAUACUACUCUGGCCAUAUGGACAUUUUCGAUUUGGCUAUUAUUACGUAGACUCAGUCACCGUCUGGUAAUGCAUUUAUGACGUAUAGUGAUAUCGUGCAUCCGUGACGGGUUGGUGCAGAAAGGACCAAUGUCAACAAACAGAUUGAUAAUUAAAAAUUUGAAGUUGAACAAAAUAAAUUUAUUUCCGAAAAUCCAACGCGAACUUCAUAAUUAUUGUAAUACGUAAUUUAUUUUCGUUGACCUUCUUGUAUCAAUCCGCAGAUAGAAACUUAUUGCUGGGUAUUGAAACUAUGCAAUUACAUUCUUAUGCACAUUCUUUGUAUACAUUUAGUACAAUAUACAAUACACUGUACGUUAUACUAUAUUUAUAACAAUGACGAACGUCUGUUGAAAAAUAUAUCGGAAUAAAUUGUACGUUAUUAUAGUGAGCGUAUAAAAAAAAAAAAAAAAAACCUAAUUUAUAUUUGUGUAGGAAUUUCGGAAACGUUAUCGAACUGCUGUAAUAUAUGCGAAUAUACGUGGUAUGUUUACUCGACAGCGCGGACGGUAUGAUGUUUAUACGAUUAUUGUAAUGUUUCUUAGAACUCGCUAAAAAUAUCGAAUCAAUUGAGUACACUAAUAUCGUAUUAAUAUGCUGUAUUACGAUGUCGGAAGAUUUUUUUCACCCACCCGCAAAUUUUCGCGGUUCGAAACUAAACACCCGGUGCACGUUGCAUAAUAAUAUUAUAUGAUGUGUUGUCGAGUCAAUACGACAGUAAUUAUUGUUGUAAAUUAGGCCUGUUUGUUUUUUUUUCGUCCCGCGUAGUUAAAUUUUUUUUAAAUAUUCGUCAACAAUUGGGUAUUGGUGUUUUGAUGUUAUGUUAUAAUACGCGAGUAGAGUACAUUGUCGUUAUGUUAAAGGCGGCGUUGGUGUGUAUGCGCAGUGGCUUAAUUAUUUUUUAUGUUUCUAUAUAAUAUGUAAUUUAGUCGGGGUUUUUUUUUUUUUUUAAAAGAUUAUAGCAUGUUGUUUUUUAUGCGUUGCGUACCGCGUUUAAUAAUAAUAUAUACGAGAAUAAUAAUUAUAUAAAUAUUAUGAUGUUUCAUAUUUUGUUUUUAUUACCAACGCGAUUAUUUAUAUCGAUUCGGUUUGAACGUUUUUGAAUGGAAUAUUGUAAAAUACAUAGAAAAAAAAAAAGAAACAAAAUCGUAUACAAUGCACAAUGUACGUAUCACAUAUAUGGGUACUUCACAUGCGUAUUACGAAGUGAAAAUUUAAACUCGUCCAGUGGCGGAUGUUUGUUGCCGUUCGAAACCUUUGAGACGGUUUUCAUUAUAACACUAUAAUAAGCUUACACCUGCACAACGGUUGAGAAAAUGGGCGAUGACUUUUGCGUUUAUUUUGCUCGAGUAUAGGGAUUUCAUUAAUUUACCAUGAAUAAUACGCGAUUUAACACGUACGGGGCGUGACCGGUAUUAUUAUAAAUACAAUGAAUAAUAUAUACAUACAUAUAUAAUUAUUAUUUUGAAAUUUUAACAAACGCGUUCGCUAUUAGCGUAGCGUGAUGAUUUCUGCGGAGGGGUGGGAGCAGCAGCACUAACGAAAUUGUUUACAUACGUGUAGGACGUUGGUGCCAUUUAUUCCACACGUCAGUAUUAGGUUAUUUAGAGACGAACGCAAAAGGGGAGGGUUUAAGAGUCCGACCCCCUCGAAAUAUAAUUUGUAUAAUUAAAAAAAAAAAAAAUAGCGUGUAACAUUAAUUUACAACGGUUAGCGAUACAAAGAUAAUUUCUUCUUUAAAUCACGUUGGUUAUUUUAUUGUGGAAAUAACUGAUCGAAUGUAACAGGCCAGUUGAUAUUAUUAUCUUGUACUUUUUUUAUAUUACACGGAACUCAUCAACAAGAUGUCCCUCAAGACACUUAACAUUUAUUUUGCAUUAACGAUUAAUAAUAAGCCUUUGGUAUAUAAUAUAUUUAGUAUUUUUUUUUUGCGACAAAAAGAAAAAGAAAAAAGGUAACACGAAAAUCUUUUUCUGCAUGGGGAGAGUGAAUUUUUCUAUUAUCUUUUUAGACUGAAUGAAGCGAGCAAUUAAUUGAUUUUACUAUGAUGUGUUUUUUGUCUUGAUUCAAUCUAUAACUUUAUAGGAACUUUCCUGUUGUACAUUUGAUCUAGUUGGAGCAUUAAAAAAGUCGGUUUUUUUGAUUUUCCUUGUAGUUUUCUAUAUAAGUCGGAAAAAUUGGCCCUUUUUCGUACAAUUAUUGUUGAUUUCUGACGAGAGAAAAAAUACAACUAAAAAUACUUUGCUCAAAAUCGUUUUUCGUUAGCAAUGGUUUAUUGUUACGUACAGAUACAAAUUAAAUGACUGUACAUAAAUUAUUAUUUUUUACUUUAUGCGUGCUUUUUUUUAGUGUUAUUUUAAAACGUUGAUUUUACAGGAAGUUCCAAUAAAUAUAAUUAUGAAUAUAUGAAUAAUUAUGUAUUCGUAUUGUGGACUUUACUCGCAACCCCCUCAUAGAUAUAUUUUGAAUUUUCGACCCAACCAUGGUCCAAAAACCUUUCGGUCAUCGACGUCCCUGCGGCCUCGAAUACAGAACUAUAUACGUAUAUAAGUAUGGGUAAAAUAAUACGAUGGUAAUUAGGAUCAUCGCCGAUACAGGGUUUUACCUUUACGAUAAUAUUAUAUUCUCCUUGCGUGUGUCCUAAUGUCUAUAAUUACGCGUCUAUAAAAUACGACGAUUAUCGAGGAACGAACAGCAGCGUUUCCGAUGACCGGGUCGCACCAUACGUGUAUAAUAAUAUUAUACCUACUCAUACAGAGUGAUUAACAUAAUUGUAAAUUAAUCUUUAUUUCGAAAAGUGUAUUAACUCAUUUUCGGAUUUUGUUUUAGAUUAGAGAAAAAAAGCAGCACUAAAACCUAACAUUACUGUUGAAAUUUAACCCAUUCAAAAUGGGUUGUAGUGGAACACUAUUCGGUGUCGCACCGCCACAAAAAAUGUGAUGAUGCUCCACUACUCUCCUACUAACCGUAAAAUGUCAAACUUACAAGCAACAUAUAUCGUUAGUUAGUUAACGGAAAUUAAAAACGUCUAAAAUGUAUUUAAAUUAAAACUUCGUCUAUUUGUAACGUAUUUAAUGUAUAAGUUGCUAUUUGAGAACCAAAAGCAAUUAGCGGUUUCACCAUCAAAAAAACAGGUGUGACAAAAAAUAUCGGAAAUGCGACAUUUUAGAGCUGCUGUGCUAUUCAUAUAAUUUCCAAAAAACGAAUUCCCAAGUCCUACGUCACGUUAAUCACUCUGUAUACCUAUAUACCCGCUUUUCUUCUUCUGGGUCACGGCAUUUCUGUAAUAUAAUGCACACACACACACACACACACACAGACAUAUACACGCACAUACGCAUUUGCCAUUUUAUUUAUUAUUGCGUAUACGAUCCGGUGUUUGUUUGGUUUUAUAUUCAUUCCUCCCUCGUAUAUACUGAAAAGAGUUCGGUUGGGGUCCUUUUCCGCGAUAUACCUGCGUAUCGCGGUGGUUUUUCCUGCGCGCAUAGGUACGCGAGGUACCCGAGUGUAUGAAACACGGCCGUCGUCAGGGUGUUUUCCGGAAUAACGAGCGCACGUGAUACACGGUGCUAAAUUAUACGAUGUCUUUCGUGCCGGAUGUGCUGCACAGCACACACAUACACACACACACACACAUACAUACAUUGCAAUGAGGUAUAUAGAAUCUCUUUAUGAUUCGCGUGUAUACGACACGUCCUUUUCUCCAAGACUUGUAUAAUGUAUAUAGUGACUAAAAGAGAGACAAUGGUUAUCCAGUAUUCCGUAACGAUAGCUUUAAAAAUGUCUAAAUAAGAUAAGAGAUAAUACGUUGAUAAUUUAUCUAGAUAAUGGAUACAACUAAACAUAUUGCGUUCAGGAAAUAAUAUAUAAGAUAACAGCUUCUUUUAUCCACGUGUAAAAACAGAUACAUUUUUAUGGUUUUAACUUUUAAAGUCUCACAAAAUAUUAAACCUGUGAAAUAGUAAAUUAUAAUUUUGUUUUAUUUUUAUUAACUAUAUUGGACAAUGAAUAAUGAUUUAUGUUUCACAAAGUAUUAUAAUUUGUUUAUUUAUUAUUUUUUCUCUGCGCCUUCACCCCAGCUAAUUGGGGUCAGCUACCAUCGUUCUAAACUUCCACUUGACCCGACCUCCCACCAGUCCCACCUCGCCUAUAUUGGCCGUUUUUGAGUGUUCUCAUAUCAUUCUCAAUAGCAUCCAACCACCUAUUUUUCGGUCUUCCUUUUCCCGUCUUUCCUCCUACGUCUACUUGCAUUAUUAUUCUUACUACUAACUUUUGAUUCACCUCUUCUCACGACAUGCCCAAACCAUUUCAAUCUAUUUCCUCUCAUUUUUCUACUACUAAAGCCACGCUUAAGCUAUCUCGUAUGUACUCGUUCCUUAUUUUAUCUUCUCUCGUCACUCUACUUAUUUACCUAAGAAUUAUCAUCCCCGAUACACUCAUUCUUUGUUAUAUUUGUCUGUCUACCGCACAACACUUCAAACCGUACAGUAUAGUCGGUCUUAUCACAUUCUUAUAGAACAUACUUUUAAAACUCAUUGUAAGUCUCUUGUCACUCGUCACGUCCUUUCAUUUUAUCAUUUUGAUCAUUAAAUAUUAAUAAUAACAAAACAUUACAAACACAUUUUCAAACUAGUUACCAUCGAAUGUAUUUAUUUAAAACCAUCCAACAAGAUCUAUUUAUUUUAAUAUUUUUACACAAACAAAAAAUUAGUAAUAAAUAUAAUUACUUUGACAAUAUUAUUGAAUAUCGAAAAUGAAAAAAUUAGAGUUAAAAUUGAAUAUCUAGGUAGUCAGAAAAUUGUUUUGUUUAACUAGGCGAGAUAAAAAUAUACUAUACAUUUAAUUUAUCUAGAUAACGCACAUCAUUGAAUCACUAUAGUGAUGAAUAAUAUAUAAUAUAUUAACGUACAGUACUGAUUCAUUGAAAUGUUGAUGUCGCAGUCAGUGUCGCGUACAAGAAUUUUCAAUUUAUCGUGAAUAAAUCCUGUACAAUAUUGGUCUGUUAUCACUAAAUCGACAAUGAGAAUUUAAAAAUCCGAAUCUUUAGAAUAGAGCCGAAUUUGUGUUCGAUAAAUUGAGUUGUUUUCCUCAAGUAACUUGGAUGAAAUUUAUAAUUUCAUGAUAAAAUCCACAAAUUGUGUUGUAUUUUUGAGCCGAUGGCCAAUAAAGGGGUUCUGGCAUUGCGUAUACACGGAUUUUCGUGCAUCGUUUCGGAGGUUAAAGCCAUGUCUGCGUGAUAAACAAUAAUAAAGCAAACAUAUAAAAAAACUAAUUCGAUAUUAUUAUCAUUUUCAUAAAAUGACGGAUAUACUUAAACUUGAAAUACCUGUAUAUAUACCUAUGUACGAGUAUAAAAUAUUAACAUCGUUUGUUUAUUUCGUGUCGGCGUUCCGCUCGUGCAAUCGGCCAUGAUGGGAUGGUGAAAGCACCCGCGCUGCAAUAUUAUUGUUAUACACCUACAUUUGUCGUCGGGUAUUCACGUUUUCUACAUGAAACGAGCUACAGAGGCGAAUGGAAUCCUUUGACUGGUUAGAUAUGACAUUAUACGUUUAAAGUAGGAUAUCUGUAAAUAUCAUACAAUAUUCAACAUGCACAUACCUACACGGAGUCCUAAUGAAAAAAACUCAUCGUUUUAUAAUAUAUUCAAUGUACUAGUUGUUGGAUUCGAAUCUGACGACUAAGCCUGUCGUUGUUUUUCGUCGACUAGAUAGUCUUAGAUUAACAUUUCGGACACCAUAUAACUUCCUUGGAACUGUAUCGAAUUUCGGCCAACAGUGAAAAACACCGAAUAGCAUGUUACUUGUUGUUAUUAUUGAAAUAAAGUUAACGAUAUAAUAAACUAGUGAUAAAUAAUCAUAGAGCCAAUUAGAGGGAACGUUCUGCGUGUUCGGUACGUCAUAUUGUUAUUGUUAUUAUUGUACGCGUGUAGGUAUAUACGCAAAAAUAAAAAUGUACAAUUAUAAUAUCGAUCCUCGACAUUGGCGGCAGCGGCGGCGGUGGUUCAUCGUUCAGCGUUAAAAAUGCCAAGAAAAAAAAUCAUGAUUUUAUAAUAUACUAUAUUAAUUUGAUUAACAUUUUGGCAUUGGACAUUCAUAAUAUACGAACAAUGAACUGAUAAUGCUAUCAUAUAAUUUUAGUACGUCGAUCAAUGCGUCCUCCGCAGACGAUAUUCUGGCAAUCGCACAAUGUGAGUUCACGCGGUCCGGAGGACUCGUGUAGCGUCGGCGCAGGGAAGAGCAGACGCGGAUUACAUGUAUUGCCGUGAAGUAUCUAGUUUCCUACAUCCCGAGCGAUUUUUCAUAAUGUUUGUUAUUAAUCCGAUAUAUAUAUGGCGUGUUUUAAAAAUUGAUCACUCGCACUUAAUUGUUUUGAAUUUGGCAACAACAAAUAAAGUACCAAAGAUCCGUUGAAAUUUUUUCUUUUAUAUGCCAUGACGAUUCGGGUCGUACCAUUGGUUUUGAACGUGAACAAAAAAAAAUAAUACAAUUUUAAGAAAAUUCUAGAAAUCACUUUGAAAAAAUCGCAAUGAAUUUCAACGGUUUUUCACUAUACUCUGGCUAGUUUUGAAAAUAGCAUUAUAGUUAGGUUAUAACACGUGUUUAAAAUAGCUGAUAUAUUAUUGAUGGAUGCAGUGUCACUGUUUUAGUUGUGAAGGUACACAGAAUUAUUAAAUUUAUAACUAUUAGUGUUGAGAAAAACCAGGGUUUGCUGAAGUUCUAUAGAUAAAUCGUUGCUAAUAAAAUACGAUUCUGAGCAAUAUUCGGUGUUAUCCGAAGUUUAACAGACACAAAAAUAAAUCAAAAACAAAACAAACAUAAUGCAUCAUAGGAAAACCGAUACUUUCCUCGCUGUGAUUAAAAUCGAAAGGAGACUUGAGAUUUAUUACAACUUUAGGAAUUUUGUCGCCUUCUGUUACCUUUAAUUAUUAACUUGCAUACUAUAUUGAGUACUGCUUCUAUAGUGAGACGGGCUUGCAGGGGAAGGGUAUGCCUGUAAUACUCUGCGACGGAGUUUCGACAGUGUUAUAUACCCGGACGUCGGUUAAUGGACUUAACGCGCCGAAAUCGUACUUACGACCGUACUUGCGGUUUUUAUGACUGUCGGUACGACGCGAUAAUAUGCUCGGACUAUAGCAGAACAACACGCGUACAUAAACGGCGGUGGCGGCGGCGGCGGCGGCGGUUGUCCAACGUUUUUAUAAACCUCGGACCUCUUAAUGUCUUUGAGUUUUAUAAUAUUAUUAUUUUUAUAUAUUGCGCUGAUGGGCUAAUUUUAUGGCGAUACGACAUGCAUAUCAUUGAGCGCGAGUUGACCUAAUACUUAUCUCUAACUAAAAAUCCACAAUGACGUCACGUAGUCGUAUAGUAUAUAUUAUAAUACAACAGUGUAUCGCGUAGCGUAUACUUGGGGUUAUACAUUUAUAAUAAUCCACGAUUACCGAGGUUACAAGGCGAAUAUUUCAAUACCUACUUACACUGUUAGUAAUAUUUUAAAUUCUGAUGAGUGUGCAGCGAAAGGGCUAUUAUUAUUACUUAGAUGCGUUUUAAAUUCUGAGCGAAGUCGGGAAUAAAUUAUGGUUUUUUUCCUGUAUGUGCUUUUAAACAACUUUUUUUUUUUUACUAGAAAUCGUGUUUCAAUCAAAAACUUUAUUGGAAGUGUCUCGUAGCAUUUUUGAUUUAUGCCAUUUUUCUAGUGUUUUGAAUAAAUGGGAAAAACUGGCGAUUUUGCGUACAGUUAUUUUUUAUUUACAUAUUUUAUAUUGUUUUUUAUUACCCUGGCAACACGGUGAAAAAUAUGACUAAUAAUAUUCUGCUUAGAAUCGUGUAUCGUUAGAUAUAAAUAAAAUUAAUUUAUAUAUCUUCCUUUCAAACUUCUCUUCUAAAACUGUGGCACACCCAUCACUUUUUCAGUUAGUUAAUUCUAGAUUUCUUUUAUGUGCAUCAUAUUUACUUUAAAAUAUGUGGACUUCUUACUCUGUAAUGUAUACUUUAUUUUAAAAAAAAAGUCUAAUUUUCUAAAAAUUUCAAUAAAAUAAAAAAAAAACUGAUAACAAAUUGCGAUACACGUUGGUUUUUAUUUUUGUUAGUUUCUAGGAUACCUUGCAGGUUACAAGGAGAAAACCGCGACUAACAGUUAAUACUACUCAGCUUAAAUCGGUUUUUUAAUCGCAACGAAUUAUCGUCAAUUUUUCGAAGACUAUAUUACAUUUAAUUACCCUAUAGUAUAUUCUAUAGGUACUCUUAAUUACCUUCUCAUUUACAGUUGCCUACCAAGGGUAUGAAGUACGUCUAGCUUUUGUUGGGAUAAUUUUUAUAAUUGACAAUCUAUAUUCUAUAAUAUAUUUUGAAUUACGAUGGUAAUACGUGACAAUCAGUUUAAAAAUAAUUAAUUGCGAACAGGUGUGUCAGUGAUUAAUGACCAUUAUUAUCAUCUCAGUGAAAUAUUAUCGAGAUCAAUAAUCACUAAUGAAAUUUUACUCCCGGACAGUUAAUGAUAGGUGAGGGAGGGGUGAAGGUUAUAUUUAUUUAAUGCAAUUUUAUUGGGCGAGUGGGGGGGGGAGGAGAGGAGGUUAAAUAUCACGGGGGUCCGAUAUUCGAGGUUACUCCGGAUUAUUUUCUAUGCAAAGUGAUAUUUCACAUAAUACAAAUUUGUAUAAUUAUUCAAUUUUCGUUUUUAAUUUGGUUGUAAAUAUUUGUCAUAUAAAUGUUGAUAAAAAGCGUGUAUAUGUAUAAUCAUAAUUUUCGGCAAAAAAAAAAAGUGCAAGGUUGCUAUGUUGCCGGGGUAAAGUUAUUUUAAUUUAUUGUACGUUUUUGUACCGCAGCAAUGCGUAGCAUAUUAAUAAUACGAUAAAUCGCGGGUAACUUUGUAUGAAAAAUAAUCUCGGGCGAUUAUAAUAAAAUCAUUAUUUACAUUAAAAGGACGUUUACCCUUACAUUGCAUUGUACGUAUGUUCAACCGCGGUCUCUGUCUAUCCAACGGGCGCGGUACGGUAAAAUUUAUAUCGCUGCCUUAAGGUCAAACUCGGGGUUUAAACACCCCCGGGUCGCGAAGAGCGGAAUAUUUCAGAGAUACGCGCACAGUAUUUCACACGCAGCCGUUUUGAAAAAUACACCUAUAGGUAUUUAAUAAACGAGCCGUUGCGCGGUGGCGUUUUAAUUAUUUCCUUUCGGUGUAAAUAGCUGUGUUUCUAUUAUUAUCACGCAUAACAUUAUAUUGUUUAUUAUGUGUAUAAUUAAUAAUCAUAUUUACGAAAGAGCCCAGCCCUUGAAAGUAUAAAAUUCUCAACCGAACAAGUGUACAGGUUUAUGAACGUGUACAUAAGUAUGUACCUACUAUACAUUUUACUGAACCGCCGCCGUCACAAUGAUACGGUGGCGUAACAUUAUUCCCGUGUUGGGAUAAACGGAGAUAAUAAUCGGUUAUUAAUAAUUAUUGUGAAUCGGCAAUUCUAUUAGAAAUUGUAUAAAAAAAAAACAAAAAUCUUCUGAUUUCGGUGGUAUCUAUAACAGAAGUUUUUAAACUGUGGUCCGCGGUGGCUCUAUCGGUAGGUAGGUAAAAAGGUAUUCGAAAGAAAUUCGGUAUGGCGUCCGAGAUUUCUAAAAGUCUUUCGUCGUGGGACCGCGUGCACCAAAAGAACCACUGAUCUGUAUACAAUUAUUCGGACACAUUUUUAUAUUUUAUAGUAUUGUAGUCCAUAUAUGUAUUGUUGUUUGUAAACUGCACAGAAAGAAGAACAGGGAAUAAAUAAAGAAAAAGACUAAAAAUUAAAACUUUGUCUAUCUGUCUAGUAGGUUGCUAGGUGUAAACAUUGACUGCCCUAAAAAACCACGGGUUUCCGAGAAAGCUGCACAUCAAAAUAUAAUCAAUAUGAUUUCGUGAUUGCGUUUAUAUUAUAUCUUGAGUUCCGAGGAAAAAGCGCUCGAGUCAAUGUCGAUAAAUUUCCAAUACGACUAUAUCUGCAUAUUCAAUUUUUAAAAAUUUUAAACAAUUUCGAAAUUGUUAUGCGACCUAACUUACAUAUUAUGGCGUUCUAAAUUAUUGCCCAAGUCAGAUUAUUAUAAUAAUGACUUAUGUUUUUUCGUCAAACAAAAAGUGCAUCAUACCACGACUUUAAGGUAUUUUAAUUACUAACAUGUGUUAGAACAAUCAUACAUAAAUAACAUUAAAUUAACAAAAUUAUAAAAAAAAAAUGGCAAAAAUUGAAUAUAGUCCUCUCUCCUUGUAGGACCAAAUAUCCUAGUAUCUAGUCUCAAAAUAGUUGUUUAUAAUUUUAAAAAUUAAUACGAUUACGCGUAGAUUGUUUUAAAAGCGGUCUUUUUAUGAUAAGCUGUUUACAAAUCAGUUUUCGUUUUUAUAACACUCAUGUAUAUUAUAACACGUAUAACUGAUAAUAAUGAAUUAAUAAUUAUUGUUUUUAAUAAUUACAAAUGAAAUGCAACCUGUAUUAAUUCGUUUUAUCAAACUAAUCAGCAUAUCGUCAUUGUUUUUUUAAUUGGCUGAACAUUAAAAUCAAAAAUAAAAUAUAGAUUUAAAAUAAUAAACAAAUUGUGAUAUUAAUGCAAUAGCUAGUUAUUAUUUACUCGGAAGAGUACGAAAUUUGAUUUCGUUUUAAUUUCCGUAUUUAGAUUGUGAAAAUAAAAUGAAAUAUUAUUACUAACGUCUGUAUAAAUAUCAUGGUAAAUAUACAUUGUAUAAUCUCGGAUUAUAAUGCUACUGAAUGAUAAAUAAAAAAAGAAAAUUAAAAAAAACGGAAUCAAAUAGGUUUGUUUUUUUUAUGCGCUGGGAUUACGCAAGUGAAAUGAGUUUAAGCUUCAUCGGUCGGCAUUUGUGCGGUUGUCGACUUGCCAACAAUAUACUUUUGAGGUUAAGCCGAGUUCAAAACUUAAUCGCUCAAUUAAUAAAUCACAUUGAAGUACUUAAAUCGAACUUAUAUACUGUAUAUCGAAUGUAAUACAAUUACUAAUCAUCAUAUUAUAGUUCACAUUUGUGGAUGACCAGGGAAAUUAGAUAGGCGCACAAUAAUAAUAUAAUAUCAUAAGGAGCGAGAAAUCAAAAGUCAUUGCCAUUUGCCAGUGGCGUGACCAGGCUGAUAGUCCUGACAAGCAGAGCUUACCCAUUUGUUUCAUUGAAAUAUUCAAUUAUAAUCUAUUUAAAUUUUAUUUAUAUCUGGAUCUGGAUGUUUUUAAAUUAUUCCACGAUGAAAAAAAACGUGCAAAGUUGAGUUUGAAAAAUUAACAAAACUUUUCAAAUCAAAAACAAAUGGAUAUACUUCGCACGAUGGGUGGGCCACUGUAGGUGUUUGUAGGUGAGAAGUUGGGAAGGUAGAGGGAAAAUUUAAUGUAUAUCUGUACGCAAAGAUUAAUCAUUGUUUACGAAAAACGAUUUUGAGCAGAGUUCAGUUAUGCGUGUUUUGAAAGGCCGUAAUAUUUACGAUUUGUAAAUAAUACAGUUUGUACAUUUUCUCGUUUUUCCUACGUUUUUUUCUCGUUUUCCUCAUUUAUUACGAAAACUCCUGUGAAAAUCGAAAAAUGGCCUUUUACCGAAAUGACCGGAUACUUUUUCUUCAUUAUCACUUUUAGGAUUUUAAAAUAACAUUAAAGAUUAAUAUCCUGAAGUUGCCAACAAAGCUUUGCGUGUAUUUUCUCAUUUAUUAUGAAAAUUCUUGGGAAAAUCAAAAAAUGACUUCCUUAAAGUACCACCCCAGUCAGAUUUCCUUUCAGAAAAAGUGUUAUACCUAAAAAUCGGAGUAAAAACAUUUCUGGUAAAAAAGUUGUUGGUUAUUUUUAUUCUUGUAGGUAAAUACACGUGCAUGCGCGUGCGAAUUAUGUCGUUAUCUACAUAUUAUAUAUUAUGCAGUUUAAGUACACUUAUUUAUAUAAGAUAAUACUUACGGCGAGUUUUUUUUUUAUAAUAUGUAAACAUUUUUAUGUGCACUGGCCACAAUAUAAACAUAAAGUCACGAGUUUUUUUUGUUUUUUUUUUUCUAUAGAUUUAAGAUUAGAGACAAACGUGAUGUUGACCCGAUUUGUAAAUGAUAAUGAUAAACCAUGAUAAAAAUAUUAUAUUUUCCGUCGAGACCAGCAAGGUCUGAAACAGCAACUAUGGUAUAGCCGGCGCUUCUAUAUAGGUACAGUGGUACACGUUCAGGUCUAGUGCAGUCAAAUGAUUCAAAGCAUUUAUACACAAGCGGUAUUUAAUUUGGGGAAAAAAAAAUUUUACUAUUUUUUUUUGUGUAAAACAAAUAUACCUAUUUCAACGUUUUUAUUCUAAAGCCUCUACAAAUUACGUUUAUAAAUCAUAAUAAAUCACUUUUAGAACACAAGUGUUAUGUGUCCUACAGACAACAGUUUCACUAGAAUGUAAGCAGGGAGAGUUACAGUUGUCACGGCAGUGAUUACACAAGAUUAGUGUUAUCGAUUCAUUUUAUUUUUUUUAUCGAAUUUUUCCCGGAAAAUGGAGACCAUUCCGUUGUAUUGUGUCCAUUACAUUUUUUCCCUUUUACUUUUGAACAUUUCUAUACCGGCUUCAUUUAGACCAAUCACGAUCUCAAACUCGGAAAUUAGAGGUGGCUCUGUUUGCUGAUUAAUCGGAUUGAAUUAGUGAUUAAAUUUGGGUUAAAUUUCAAUAUAAAUUAACCCUGAUUUUGUGUGUUACGGGUAUUUUUUGCUUUGGACGUUUCUAUAUGGACUGAAACCAGGAAGAUGAAAAUUUGUAAUUUUUCAUGCCCCACUUCUAUCAUUUUUAUGAUCAAAUUUCACCAUUUUUUUGGGUAUAGUUCAGUAUAGUUCAGUAUCGUAUUCUAUAUUACUUCGAUUUAAAAUUUUAAACAUAAUUGUAUUUUAAGUACUUUUUGGUAUUUGAUUUUAUUUUGCCCUUCCCUGAUAAAUUUCCUGCGGGCGCCUAUGCCCACAUUAUAAUUAUUAUAAUCAUUAUUACAAUAUCUAUGCGUACCUUUAAUAUCUAAUAAUUAUUUAUGAUAAAAUUGUUAUGCAUGGUAUUUUUUGAAUUACGUUUAUUUCGGAAUAUUUUCCAUAAAAUCGUUUCCGCCGCAAUCAAACGAAUACCUACAUAUUUUAUGACGAAUAUCUGUAUAUAAUAAAAUAGAAUUUUGAUGAGUUAUACGUUUUUUUUUUUUUUCAUUUAAAAAAUGUAAUAAUAAUAAUAAAAAAAAUUACAUUUGGUCAACUACUAAUCUCUAUACCUAUUCAAGUACAAUAAAAUGUUAUCGAAUUCGAUGGGUUUAUUUUAUCGUUGAAAUGACAAUAAGAAUUAUAUUUAUGCAUUCGAAUGGAACAAAAAAUAAGUCAAUUAUGAUUUUAAAAUAGAAUAACAUAAACACCUAUAAAUAUAUUUAUUCCUGUUAUUGUGCUUACGUUGCAACCACCUAUAUAAUAUCGACCGAAAAAUACGUGUUUCGAUUAUAUUAUUCUUUAAAAGUUAAAAUAAUAAUCUGCCUUCAUAAACCUAAUAUGUAUUAUUUCAUAAUUGAAUAUUUUCAAAAGAAUCAGAUUGAAAUGUCAUAAGUUAUUUAAAAUCUUUAAGUAUACAUAUAUUUAGCAGUGUAACACAUAAUAGUUUUGUUAUAUUAUUACGUUUAAUAACAAUUUAAUCGCGAGAAAGUCGCGUGGAACUGUAUGUCGAGAAAAGAUACAUCUAACCCAUAGAAUAUAGUCUAGCUAUAUAUUGCUACACGAUACAGUUUUCUGUACUUAUCGGAAUUAUAUAGGUGUAUCUAUGGUAAAUAAAAUAUAUUCGAUGUAUUCGAGCGUAUAUAAAAUAAUAUUUUAGGUUUAUUGACUUGUAAUGUGUAUGUUAGGUUAUGUGUAGGUAAAAAUACUACGUAUACCUAUUACAGUAUACUUUGUCAAGUUUUUAUCACGACUAUCACGUAAACGCUAAACACGGAGUCGCUAGUGCGAACUACUGUAAUUCGUUUUUAUUUAAAAUUGUAUGUUAUUAUGCAUAUUUAAUUCGCAUUACCCUAAUGCAUUUUAAUACUUAAAUUUUAAAACCAAACUAACUAACUGCAGGUUUUAAAAAAUACAGAAAUGCGGGUCGAUAUUUUUGGCGACUAGUAGGAAUUGAAUAUCAAAUUAUACAUGUAAAAAUAUAAAUCUACAAGCUGGCCCGACAAUGCUUUACUAUUGCUAGAUAACAGUGUAAAUAGUAAUAAUAAUAAUAAUAGUUUUCUUGUUCGUGACAACCAAAUUGUCAUCCAUAUCACCAAGGUUCGACCAUGAAUAAACAAUUAGAUAUUCGUAUAGAAAAUACCUAAAAAUCUAUAAUUACCGCAAUUUUCGUAGGGAUUUACAAUUUGUUUUAAAACUAAAAUACAGCACACGUUACUCGCUGACAAUGUAGUUUUUCUAGACGAAAGAAGUUUUAAAAUCGGUCAAUUCGGUUUUUGAGCUUAUCCAUUACGAACAUAAAAACAAAUCUUUUUUCUAUAUAAUAUUAGCGUAAUAGAUAAAUUGUACGUAUUUUGUUUUACACGAAUUUAAUAUUUGAGAUGACGAUAAAUGCAUGUUAUAAAGACGCACACUAAUACGAAUCAACUUUGUUUAUUUUACCAUUUGUAUGGCCCAAUUAUAUGAUACAUCUAUCAUAUUAUAAUUUACGUUUAUUGCAUAUUAGUGAGUGCAUAGUGCAUGUAAUCGCAGUUUAUAAUAUUUAUAAAAUACAAUUUUAAUCGAGUUUGUAAAAAAUGUUGUUGUUUUUUUUUUUUUUUACGGAGUGACGAUGAGUUUACGCUUUUAAUAAUAUAUACUUAAUGGCUAAUAUACUAUAAUAAUAAUAAUAACAAUUUUGUAAAUCGCGUGCGAGUCGAUGAAACCGGUAGCCGCGGAGCCACAGACUACACACAACACACACACGUACAAUGUACAUGCACGAAGCAUAAUAAUAAUAUUAUUAUUAUAGACAAGACUUUACACUACUCGUACACCUCUUUAAAUCGUUUUAAACGAUUAUUUUGCAUUUCCGAGAGAGUAGACUUCGUACUUGUAUGACCGCCACGACCAAUUUAUAUUUCAUUGGACCAAUUAUUUGUAAGCGUCCUUACAACAGGGACGCACGUAGGUAUUAAUUAUUAAUUGCAUGUGUGUGAUAUGACACGACGUGCAGACGUACACACCAUAUAGGUGUGCAGUCGUUUGAUGGUAUUGUGUACAAUACUUAUUGUACAUAAAGGUUUUAUUUAUAUUAUACUUAAUAGAGUUUUGGAGGCUGAAUUUACAACUAAUAAUUUGAAGUUACGGUGUGACUCUUACAUUACAUUAUGUUUUCCUCGCUUUGGUCCAUCAACCAUUUCGAUUGGUUGGUGCACCCAUAGGCACAACUAAAGCCCAAAUAUUGGGAGUGCUAAAAUUACGUAACGAAAAAUAACCCGUGGGGGCCACGCCCCUGUACCACCAAAUGCCAUUUUUCAAUUAUUUAUGCGUCACAAUAACCAUUCUAAAACGAAACAAACAUGUUUUAUAUUUUACACGCAAUUAAAACAUUUUAAUAUGUACCUAAUAUUUAAUAAAAUAGUAUGUAAACGCAAUAGGUGAACACGGACACUUGACUGAGUAACGAGUACCUCGACAGUCGACAGUCCCAAAAUUAAUCUCACGGUUGGGCCGAUAAAAGUUUACAUUGAACGCAUGAAAGUAAUGAUAAUAUAACAGUAAUAUAUUAUUAUCAGUCCGUCGCAGCACAUAUCUAUAAUGGAUGUAGAGCUUUUUGAUGUGACAAUAGAUAAUCAAUAAUGGAUGGACAUAAAUAACAAAUGUAUUAUCUAUGGAUGUCACCCAUUGUCCAAAAAUAGCUAUCAAGCAAACGGUUUCUCCGUUACGAUAUUUGAUAAAAUAUAUUAUCAUAUUCAUAGAUUGUAUUAUUAUAUGGCAUUUGAACAAAAUAGUUCUAAUUAAAACAUAUAGACACAAAAUUGAUGGCAUUUUACUGUUAUCAUUAUUAUAGUUGGAAAACUGGAUGAAUAGGGAAGAGUGACAAAUUGUGUAUUUAUUUUCGAAUGGUACAUUGAUAACUCUUCCCUACUCCUUUGGCUUAAACUUUAAACGGUUAUUUAGUAGGUUAUUUUAAAAAAAAGCCUAAAUGAUUCCAUAAUAGUAACAAAAAAGAAAAAAAAGAAAUCGAAUUCACUUAAAAUCCUCCGGGAAAAUUGUCGGUUCAUGAUAAAAAAAAUCACUCUGUAUUUUAUUCAGUAAGAAUAUUUGCACCCGAUGACGCUUCCGUCAUAUUUAUAUAACACAAUAACGUUAGCUGGAAUUAAUUAAUUCGAAGUUACAGAAGACUCUGCGAAAUAUCGAUGCUGAAUAACAAAAUCUCGUUCAUAUCAUAUUGUGUUGUCGCUGAUCAAACGAUUCCUGCGCAUUGCGAGAUUUUUAUUCCGGGAACGAAUAUUGUUGGCCUUGACGGACGAUGUACUUAUAAAAGGAUUAAAAGGUGUAUUUAUUGCAGGAAGGGUCGCCUAUAUUGUAUUGGGAUAUAUUUUAGCUGGAACAUACAUUUUAUAUGGAAUGAGAAUAUAUGAAAUGAUGUGGUUUUCAACGUGUAUAAAAAAUUUAAUUAACAAAAUAUUUAAAAAAAAAACAUUAUUUGGACCAGACAUUUUAUGGAUUUAAACGACUUUGAACAUACAAAGAAUGGAAUUAAUAGUGCUGAACGACCAUUGUUUUGAACCAAAAUUUUACGGAAUUUUUGAACUCCAAUGCGUGUCUGUUACAUAUGUUUGAAUUCCGAUAAAUGGCUGUUCAAAGUAUUGUAAUGCCUUCAAAUGUCUGUAUAGCUAAACUAUUUACAAUUAAAAAUAAAUGUCUAUUCCAGAGUUUAUUGGAAUUUUAAUUAAUUUAAAUUUAAAUUUAAUUAAUAUCUGUACCGCAAAAAUAUGAGAAUCAUAGUAAAUAACUGUUUAAAGCAAUUUAUUCCAAUACAUGUCUGUAUUGUACCUUCGAAAAAACGUGUAUGUAGUGUAUUAACUUAUGUUUAGAGGCCUCUAUUGAAAAACUAAAUUAAUAAUUACGUGGAAACGGAUUCCGUGUACAUAUUAUGAAUAGCAAAUUUUCGCUUAUGUAUUACUUAUUACACAUGAAUUAACUAUCCGUGUUUAAGUGUUUUAGUGCUAUUCAUGUGAAUAAGUAGCGAAAACACGUCAAUAAUAACGUAAAAUACUCGUAAUAUAUUGUGUACAUGUGAAUAAUUUCACGUGUACACUGAUAUUUUAAGCACACGGUUUUAUAGAAUAAAAUGUUAAUUUCACGUGAAUACGUGAAAGCGUGUACACGUGAAAUAGGGAGCAUUAGUUUACGUAAAAGUGUAUGCGUUUUCAAAAUUUAAUUGGGUAGUAUUAAGAGCUACAUAAUUGACUUAAGCUUUUCUUUAUCUCUAAGACCAAAGGUAUAAUGAUGAACGAAUACGGAGUAUCCAAAUACGGUAAACCGAAACAAAAUUGAACGUCUGCACCCUUACAAUAAUAUAUUGAAUAAGGUUAAAUUUUAUAUCUCGGGAGCUACGGUCGUGUAUCCGUUUUAAGUUUAGGUUAAAUGAACGGACGGGAUCAUUUUCCACUGAAAACGAGAUAACGGUAUAUCUGUUUUCCUCCACUGUCCAUUUUUCUGAAAGGAAAAAAUAAGAUUCCUACUAUCCAUUUUUCUCCGAAUAUUUCUCUACAGGGUAAACAUUUUUUUUAAAAUUUUUCUCCAAUAUAAUUAAAAUUAAUUCAAUAAAAAAAAAAUUCCGAAAAUUCCUAUUUUCUGCCUGAACUAACCGUCUUAACCAUUGUGUACCGCAGUUAAUAUUGACUUGAUUUUUUUAAACUUAUUAAUUGAUUAAUAGGUAUAUAAGUAUUAUGGCUUGAAUAUAAUAAAAUUUUAAGAAUUUUUUUGGUCACAGUAUGAAAUGUAGAUAUUAUACAACAAGGAAUUUAAAUUAUAACUAAAAUAGUAACAAUUUCUCAUUAUUUUUAUGGAAACAAAUGGUCUAGAUUAGUCUAUGUUUGCUUUUUGAUUAUCGGGAAGAAUUGGUAUUGGUGGAGGAAAACUGUAGUAAAUUCUAAACGAAGUGAGGAACGUAUUGGUUUUACUAUGAUGCGUUGUUUUUUUUAUAUAUUUGUAAACAACUUCUCUAUCAAAAAUCUCGAAUCGGCGAAAAACUUUAUAGGAACUUUCCUAUAGAAUUGUUGAUCUAGUUGGUGUACUGAGAGAGGCUUUUUUUUUCUUUUAGUUUUUUUAUUAAAUGGAAAAACUGGUAUUUUUCGUAUAGUUUUUAAUGAUUACUCUGCUCAGAACCGAUUUCGUUAGCAAUGGUAUACAUCCUUCCUUAUAAAUCUCCGCCUAUAACAGUGACUGAGCGACAGUAUCGGCCUUUCUCAUUUUUAGAGGAAAAUGGCUACGAUCGAACGAAUAUAUUUUAUAAACGAAUAUUCGCAGAAAACAAUAUCCUACGUAAUACAAUGAUAUUACGUUGGAAACGUAGUAUUAUUAUUAUUAUUAUUAUUUUUUUUUUUUUGCAGAGUUUAAUGAAAUUAAAGUACGUGAUUUUCGAGACGAUAUUUUAUAAAAUAUAAUAACAAUAAUGUACGAGCUAUAUAAUACGAUACGUGAGUCGUACUUAAUUCCUCUGCCAAACGGCAAUUAGAGAACGUUAUUAACUGAUAUUGACGACGAGGUAAAAUAACGUUAUUAAUAAUCGACUGCGUUGCAGUAGUGAGGGUGCGGGGAGAGAGUAUAUUAUAGAAUAAAAAAAAAAAACAAAAAAUUUUCCCGAAUUUCCGUGAAAUAUACAAAUCCGACGGAUUCGACAUGUCGGUGUAAUAACAAUUCGCGGACGGCGUGUAUGCCAAAACUUGGCGUGAACAUUACAUGUAUUUCCUACUCGUGUAUCGUAUACAUUUUACGUGCAAUCGUCUUGUCAGAUUAUCGUUUAUUAUGCUCGCGGCGAGAUUGCAGGUCUAACAAUUAAAUAGACAAUGUGUAUACCUACGAUAAAGAAUAAAAAAUAUAAAAAAAAAAAAAAAAAAAAAACGUUAUGGUUUUUGUUUUUGUUUUUCAAAUGAUCGAUUGCGACCACACAAUAAUAUAUAAUGCACUAGUAUCUUGUACGAUCUUAUACUGUACUCAUAGGUAUCGAUGCGCUUUUUGUUGUUAAAAGAAAAACAUACACGGCACUUACAUAUUAACGGGCGGGACUUCCGAAUAGUUUAUACCAUCGAUAGUUGAUAUGAUAAACUGUUUUAUUCGAAUACCUGUUACUAUGAUCGAAUAUUUUGUUUCGGAAAAACUAUCCAACACUUUGAAAAAAUGUACGAAUUUUUUUUUUCUAUUGCCGAAUAGUUUUUGAACUACCAAACAGUUUGAUGACAUUCGAAUCCUGUCCACAAUUAUUAUAAGUAUAUAAAAACCACGUAGAUACGCAUACGGAUUUUGAUCUAUACUUAAUUAUGAUAGGUCAUUUUUUUUCGAGAGGGGGGGGAGAGAAGAAUGCGGUGAGGAAUAAAAUAUUCGCUAUAUUCUACGCAGAAUUUUGUGAUUUCGACGCUCAACGCAGUUUUUUGUAAAUUUGUCGAGACCAAGGAAAUCGGGAAAAUGAUCUUUUUAAAUGAUAAUUAUGCCGUGUUCAAAAACCUAUGGAUAUCCAAGAGAUCCUAGGGAUCCAUGAAUUAUAAAAAGUACUUAAACUUAUUACUUAAUAUAUUAAUAUACAUUAUAGUAAUGCUGUAAUACGAGACAUUCUCUCGCAUUUUUGAAUAUAACUGCAGUAGUUUCCAACCGGCGUUGUAAUCCGGACGAUGCAAAAUUUAUUAUUAACAAAUUUUCAACUAAACAUACCUUUUUUUUUUUUGUGUAAAUACAAAUUUAGGUAAGUUUUAUUUCGAUCUUGAUGAAAAUUUGCACAUUUGACGUUCAAAAUAAGAAGAAAACCGUUAACAAUCACUUUUAUCUCGUAAUUUAACCACUAGAGAGUGGCUGAUACAGGGUUUUUGGUAAUUUUGGAACGAGAAUUACAUUUUUUUUGUCGAUUUACGGGUAACCUUGACGAUACGGAUGUAAAAAAAAAAAAAAAAACAGUUAUUAUUAUUUAAUUUAGUUGUCACGGACAAGGGAACAGUGCCCUAUUUAAAAGAUAAAUUACCGGGCAGCAACGAUUUACUGCGCCAGGGAUAAAGGUAAGCCUGGGAAAUAUCGGGUACAUCAGCUAGUAAUAGUAUAAUAUCCGAUUCGAAUUUAGAAAAAUUACAUCUAACCUACUUACUGUAUACGCAUGCCUCUAGUUUAUAGCCACCGUCGGCCCAUAGAGAUAAUUUUAUUUAUAUAUGCAAAAUAGUCGGGCUGGGAAACACUGCAGGUGUGGUACAAUAUUUAUAUACAGGUAUUCUGUUCGACGACUAUAUUAUUCGAAAAUCUAAUAUUUUUGUUUGUUCAAAACAUGAUAAAUGAUGUUUAUUCAAGAGGCCUUUUCGGAAUAUUCCCAGCGAUGCGUUUCUUUUUUUUGGCGCGUAUAGACGUGUUUUCUGUGUACACUGCACGCGGCACGACAUUAAUUUUAUAAUAUUAAAUGCACUUUGUCGUAAAUGUUUAAUUACUCGACGCACACACGCACACACACACACGCACACGCAUAUUACAUAUAUACACACAAACGUGCAUGAAUUUAUCGCGUAUAAUGUCUAUGCGCUUAAAUACGUACGGCGACGGUGACAGUAGUAAAAAUUAAUCAUAAUCGGGAGAACAGAGUUGAAAUAUGCAAAUUCAUUAUGUAGGUGUACAAUAUUGCAAUGAUGCGAAAUAUGUAUAUCGUGUAAAAAUAUAAGAAAUUAUAUCUCGCCGCAAUAAUUGUGUUACUAUUGACAUAGCGGGCAUAGUAACCUGCGAUUAUUAUAAACCGGCACAAUGCCGUUCGUCGAUGUUUGUUUCAACGUAGGCGAAAGUGACACAACGUACUCAAGGGAUUUUUGUCAAAAUCCGUACGGAUAGAUCGGAUGUUCAACCGCGGGCGGUAGAAAAAAAAAAAAAAACCAUUUUGUACGCGAAAUAAUUUACGUUUAUUCGUUUGUUUUUUUCCGUACGCGUGUUUACACGUAAAACGCGUUCGGGUCCGAACGGUGUUUGAUUACUCGCCGUGAUGCGGCGCACGUUAUCGCGUCCCGCGGGGCUUUUGUUAAUAUUAUAUUAUUGGGACGAACUGCGCCGCGGCGUAGCCCCCGACAGCGGGAUUCGAAAUAGUCGUCGGCCGGAAGAGGUCGGCAGACGGGAAUUAUAAUUGAUCGUGCGCACGCUAUUGUUGCGCGCGAACGAAAAUCAUCGUGAUGCGCGCACGGGGACUAGACGGGCAACUCGGUAAUAUCGUUUCGUUAUCCCUUUACGCAUCCGGUAGCGCAUAAACGCACGCGUGUGCGUCGUGCGUUCUGUUCCGUCUCUCUCGCGUGUCCGGGCCGCUAUACGUAAUCGUUGCGCGCGUAGACAAUACAAAAUAACAAUCCUCCUCGUCUCCGUAAACCGUGCGGUACGUUAUAAUGUGCGCGUGCGCGUGCGUGCACUAUGUCGAGCAAUAAUUAACGGAGACGUUUUUCAACGCGUGUAGUAGACGGGACUGUCAACGACAAACUAGGUACUCGAACAUUUCAAUGCCGGCGCUUGGUAUGCUUACGGUCAACCGGUUAGACUAAACGGUCUGCCGCGAGUAUUUGAUAUUGACGGCGAUAACCGUAUCACCGGCGCUCGCCAAUCCAAUCGUAUUUGUGGCCAAUUAAAAUCCAAUAACAAUUAAACUCCGCACCGUGGGAGGACCACUGUUUCGAGUGGACCUUUGAUGGAAAAACAGGCAUUGACAACAGGCGUUUAGUUCGAUUACCGUUGGCGGAAAAAAAAAAAAAAACAUUUCAAGCAAUUGAAAAACAACACUUAGUGGAGCUCGACUCGUCAAGCAUUUCAAAUUUUUUAGGUCAUAAGUAAAGCUAGGGUGACCUAUUGGUUUUACUCUGGUGUAUUUAUUGUUAUUUUUUUUUAUUUCAUUUUUCUGUCUGCAAAUAACCUUUCUCCUAGAAACCUUGCUCCAAUUAAAACAUGACAGGAGACCUUUUUUGUUACAUUUUGGCUUUAGUUGGCAUCUACUUUAAAAAAGUCAUUUUUGCAAGUUAUCAUUCAUACUCGAGAUAAUGAGAAAAGUUGGUUCUUUAGGUUAAACAUAUUGAAAGAUUGUCAUUGGCAACCGUUUUUAUUUAUUUUUUGUUAUUAUUUAGUUUUCAUUAUUUUAAUCUUAUUUAAACAAUCAUUGCUGUCAUGGAAACGCAGUAUCACCCAUCCCCAGUAUAAUCUGUUUUUUUUUACUUUACUCAUAACAUCAUGACCUAAAAGUCUGGAAAAAAACGUCAAAUAAAAUACAACCAAACGGAAAAUCCAUAUCUUUUAAGUUAUUUUUUGAAAAAUUAAUGUACGUUUACUGAUUCACUAACGAAAAGAUGUUUUUUGAGAAAAAAACAUAUUUCGAUCUGUUUAGCCUAACCUGUUACUAAUACGAGUUCACACUAAGUAUCAUCUUAAUAAGUAAGAAGAGAUAAGCUCAAUUUAUUCUAAAAUAUAAGGAUCAAGGUAUUAUAAUAAGGUAUUCGAUUCAAUGAAAUAGAUAACCUGAUAACUAGUGACUAACAGUAUAGUAAUUAUUAUUGUAAUACCUUUAAUACAGUAAUUACCAUAAAUACUUAAACUACGGUACUACUGCAGAUUUACCAACUACCUGUUAUUUUACCAGCAGUUUCAACUGCCGGUAUUUUUCCGGUAUACCAGUAGUUUCAACCAGCGGUAUUUUUUCGGUAUACCGAAAAUACCACCAGCCCCACGAUAAACACACUUAUCUUUGGAGCGAGACAGCCUCUUCUUUAAAUCUGUACAUAGUUUUGAGAAAAGAUUUUUAAAUUUAAAAUUUGAAAAAAGAAUAUAAUAUUCAAUUUAUUUCAGCCGUAGAUGAAAAAUAUUUAUUCAACAUUAUUAUAUCCGUACCUUAAACUGGUAGGAUGUAUAUCGUGAUAUUAAUAUAUUUUUUAAUCAGCAGAAUUUAUCUUUAUAACGGUUUUUAAUAUUAUAUUACAUCAUAAUAUAAUAGUGUCAUAAUUUGAUUUAGUGCAGUUUUACAUUGUGCUGCAAAAAAAAAAAAAAAAAGUAUAUUAUUAUAAGAUGUAAAAUAUCUGUUUUUGUGAUAUUACUUUAUUGUAAUAAUGCCACAUAAACAAAACCGUAAACCGCCACAAACAAAAUUAUGGCAGGUUUUAAUCUUAAAAACAUGAUUAAAUAUGAUUUAAUGCGGUAGUUUUACGUUAAGUAAAAUGAUAAAAACGAAAAUAUUUUAAACCGCCGCAAAUCUGUGACGCUGAAUUUUGUCAUGAGUUGUGGUGGUUUAACAUUUUGUAGAGAAAAAUGUUGUGAUUCUGUGGGUAUAUUAAACGCAAAAGUGACAAAUUUAGUCUUAUGACAGUUUUGUUCUAAAAGUGUUGUAUACUUUAAAACAAAAAAAAAAAAAAACCAGGUACCUACAUACCUACUUAUUGCACCGUGAGUCUACCACUGUUGUAGUUCAGAAGUUUGGAAGCCAUUUAUUAGACAUAGGGUAUCUGAACGGAAAUCGAUAAAUCGGUAAAAAAGUGAAAACCUUCCUCUGUUAAAAUAACCGCGACAAAAUCGACAUAUACCGACAUUCGAUAACGGGGUGUUUUUUUUUUUUAAUGUUUAAGAAAACUUGUUCGCGGGGUUCUAAAAACAUUUAUUAAUUAAAGUAUAGCUACACAACCGUGGGUGGACAAUGUCGCAUCUUUUAAGAUUCUGUAUACGGAGUCCGAGCAUUGUAAUAAAAUAAAAAAGUGUUUUCCGGGAACAAUAACACACAAAUGCCACGUCUUAUAGUAAAUUGAAUCUAAUUGAACUAAUCGAACGAAAUAUAUCACUAAUACAUUCAACAUCUAAUAAUUUAUUUGCUACUACAUAAGGUAUGACCCUGUACUUUCCCGGAGAAAAAACUAAAAUUACGUAUUUACAUAUUGUUCUGAAAAUAACGUAUCAUCGGAACCGUUUUAUUUUACUGUAAAAAUAAUUCUUAUCAAAGUCUCAUCUUAUCAAAAUGUAAUUUUUCAACAGAUUAAUUAAAACAACAGUUUUACGAUUUAUUAGAUACCUGUUUGUCAACUAUUAUAUUAAUAUAAAUUGGUAAUUACGAUGUUUUUCAAUGAAAUUUAAUAAAAGUAAAAAUCGAUGUUUUAUAUAUUAUAACGUGGGUUUGUCGUUGAGUUCAAGUCAAUUAACCAUUUGCAGCGUAUAUAUUAUAGUCUGUAUUUUUCAAUUAAUUGUAUAUAUAUAUAUUUAUUUUUUAUGAUUGAUGAUGUAUAGUUCCAAUCAAAAAGUAAUUUAUUAAAUCAAUCAGGAUACAAAGUAGACUUUUAUUGUUUGAAACGACGACGUUUUGACCGAAAUCGAUAAUAAUAAUUGAUAAUUUAUACUGUUAUAAUACGUACAUCGAACAAUUUUCGGUAUCGCCGAAGAAUAAAAAAAAAAAAAAAAAUUAAGUGACCGUAAUUUAAGUUUGUGUACGGUUUUAUUCGGCUUGAAAUUUUGGAAUUUAUACGAAGUUUAAUCUCGAAAUUGGGUCAACUCGUGAAUAAAACGACUCGCCUCCCGGAUGGUAUUAAAAAAAAAUAAAUAAAACGAAAACAAAGCAAAAGGUUUUCUGUCGUAUUAUAACUAUUUUUUUUUUGUUUGUUGUUUUUUUUUUAAUUAAAAACUUUGUUUCUAAAUUUGAAAUAGAAAACUUAAUAUUAUAUAUGUACACAUAGGUAUAUGCCCAUAAAUAUUAUAUAACAUUAGUAUAUAGAAAGAAUAAAUUGGUUUUGACGAUGGUGGUGGCAAAUUUUAGUAUUUAUUAUUUUUUCAAUCAUUUUUCGUAUAAUAUGUGGAUGAGUAUUAUUAAUAUUUAAAAAGUAAACACCAAAAAUACAAUAUUGACAGUUCAAUAAUUCAAGGUUUCGUAAAAAAAAAAAAAAAAUAAAUAAAAAAUAUGACUUUUCUUUAUUAUACGUCUGUUUUAAUUUGAACGAGGGUUUUUUUUUUUUUUACAAAUCUAAUAAAACUAUUAACUACAUACAUUUCUAUUACAGAUCACAAAAUAAAAAAAAAUUAUUAGUUAUUCAAGAACAAAUAAUAGUGUAGGAAAUUAUAUUAUAAUUACAUGUAUGCAUCGUUGAAUUUCACAACAAUUUUCAAUUAAGAGCGUUGGAAACAGUUCUUCAAAUUUUUCCCGAUUUUGUAAAAUUGUAAAAUUACUUUAUACCCGAGUCUUAUGAGUAUCUUAGUAUCUUGAUACGUAUUUUCCACUAAUCUACUGCCCCCUGACCCAUGUAAGGAGAAAGGGCCGUUUUUAGGACGGAUAUGACGGUCUAUAGCUAAACUAACAAGCUACGGGAGUAAAAUUCACCCAUUGCCGCUAGUGCAAUUUUAAUUUUAAAAAUUUGUUUGAAUUCUUUGGACAAGAAAAAAAAAAAACCACAUAGUAAAACUGAUAUAUGUCGUGCUCCGCUGAGAGUAAAAAAAAAAAAAAUAAUGAAAAUAUUUAUCAUGGAAAAAGUAAAAACUUAAUAAAUGGAGUGAAAUAAUUUUCCGAAUCAGAAAUCGGACUACUCACUAGUAGUGCGUUCGUAUUCUUCCAGCUUAUUAUUGGUCUGAAAUCGAGACGUACGCGCGUCUAUCGCUUUCAACCGCUUUAAAUCCAAUAUUUACAAUUCAUAUAUUAUAUCCUUGCGAAACAAUAAAAUAUUAGAUCGCCUGAUACCGAAUUAAUACGUAAACAAAAUCGGCGGCGGAGGACUAUCGGCGUGACGAGUGUGUAGAAUAUUGUUUUGCGGGAAAAACGAGUAAAAACCAAAGUUUUCUUUUGCACGACGUUAUUCAUCGCAGUCUCUAUUCACUCGCUCCGUUUCUCUAUUUUACUAUUAUUUUAUUUAUAUAUAUUGCAUAUAUGUGACACUUUGGAGAACUACCAAAAUACCCACGCUUUGUUACACAACUGUGUUGCACACAAUGCAUACUAAAACUAAUGAAUCUCAAAUGAAACAAACUCUUGUUUGUUUUAUUAACUUUGGCGUGAUAAACUGUACGAAAAAGGUCGACUUUUGACGGGACGCAUUCUUUUUUCAAGGAUUUAAUUAAGUAUUUAUUACUAUACAGUAUACAAUAUACACAUAGUAUAAUUAGAUACCUGUUUGUAUACUGUUUGUUUUGUUUGUUAUUAGUUGGAUUUUUCGUCAGUGAGAGAACGCGAUGGUAUGUAUUUUUUCUCGAAUAACAAUUUUUUUUUUUUUUUUUUGGAACGGUAAAUUCCCCGACAGAUAAUUGAAAAAAAUAAUAACAUUUUUAAAUAAGCGUACAAAUAUUGCGAUUUCGAAUUGUUCGCGAAAUUAUUUAUCGAACUCAGCGCUAUACGUAGUAAUUACUUUAAAAGUUCGAACUAAAUUACUUUUAUGUAUAUUAUUAUUUACCUAUAUAAAUUAUUCUACUUGUUUUAAAGUGAUCGAACUUAAAUCAAACUUAAAUUAAAUUAUCGUUCAAAAACAUAUUUCUAACUAAAAUAUUUACGUCUGUAUAACUAAAUAAAAUAUUUCACGAAAUUUCAUUGAAAAUUAAAUUAUAAUGCGUAUGUAUAUUAAACUAUCAUAACUGAAUUAUAAACAUUAAUUUUGUGUACCAGCAAAUUUUAAUUAUAUAAUAUAUUUUCAUUAAACAAAACUUGUCGUGUGUUCAACAUGUUCAACAUCGUCGAACGUUUUUUUUUUUUUGUUUUUAAACAGUAUAAUUAUCAAUGUCAUUGAUUCAAAUUUAUUUAUUUGAAAUUUGGCCUUUGCACGCAAAAACUCAUUAAAACGAUAUUAUAUAGGUAACUGUGAUAAUGAAAACAAUUUAUAAUUAAAAAAAAAAAAAAAACAAACAAAAAACAGUGUGUACAAUAUAUUAGACUAUUUUAGAUUCUGAGUAUAGCGAAUAAGUGUUUUAGUUUUACUAAGAUGGUUUUUUUUUCUCGGAAAACACUUUGUAAUAUUCGGACAAUAUUUCAAAAUAUAAUUUUUUCGACAAAUUGCUCUUUUGUGUGUUUUUUUUUUCACAUACUUUUAGCGCGAAAAAUGAUCCGAUUUAUUUAUUUAAAUUGAAAUACGUUAAAAUAUGUGAGAUUUCCGUUUGGUGGUACUUAACGAGUAUUUAAGUAUUAAAACCGACAUCAAUUAUAACGAUAUACGUCGGUUUUAUUUUUGUUAAUUUCUUUAGGGUCGUUUAACGUUGGCUACGAGAGAGAAACCUAUGACUAUAAUAUUAUAACCUUACCAGAAAUUUACCAAUAUUCGUUCAGAAUCGUUUAUUGAUUGUAAUGAUUUGUCAUCAGUGAUAUUUUAUAAACUUAAUUAUUAUUCUAUACCUUCUAAAUUGCCCACACCUAUAAUAGUGGCCUACACAUAUGUUGCGAAAUAUGUCCGGCACUUGGAUUCUGAGCUAUGUGAGAAAUAUGUUGGUAGGUUUACUGUAGGUACCUAAGUUUUUUUAGAUUCUGAGUGGAGCGAAGAAGCUUAUGGUUUUACAAAAGUGUUUUUUUUUUCUGUGGACAACUUUUCUAUCAGAAAUCUUGCUCCGAUUUUUACAUGUAGCACCUUUGCUAAAAGGAAAUCUGAUUGGGGAGGUACUUUAAGCAGUUCAUUUUUUGAUUUUCCCAGGAUUUUUCUCAACAAAUGGAAAAGACGGGAAAUUCGGUACAAUACUAAACAAAUAUUAUUAAAGAUAACAUAUGAUGUUGAUUUAGUUAUUUUACCUUAAAACGACAUGUAUAUUGUUGACAAAACAUCAAUAUCAACCAGACUCUACCAACUUUUCUAUCAGAAACCUUGUUACAAUCGAAUACUUUAUAGGAACUUUCUUGUAGUAUUUUUGAUAUUAGUUGGUGUACUGAAGGGCAUCUUUUUCAUUUUUCUUGUGGUUUUCUUAAUAAAUAGAAAAAAACUGGUAAUGUGCUUGUACAAUUUAUUCUUAUUGUUUUCUGAGUUACCCAGGCAACAAGGAAACGAAUACGACUAAUAGUAUUCUGUACAGAAUCGUUUUUCGCUAGGAACGGUUUACUGUUGCGCGCCGAUAUAUGUAUAUUAAAUUACUCUAUUUAUAGUCACUUCCAACUUCCUUCCUACACCGGUGCCACAAACAUCGGCUAUAUCAGCCUUUAUACAUCCACACGUAUACUAAUAUACAUAUUAUUGGGUACGGUAUGAUGAUCUAAAACGACUUUAUUCUCGUCCGAUAUGAUAUUACUGUACGAUAAUAAUAUAUUACAAUAAAUAAUGAUGUUCAAUCACCGGUCAUGGCCGUAACGUCAUAACAGCGAGGUGCUUAUCUUAAAUAGGCGGGAGUUAUCGACACCCGUAUCAUAAUAAUAUUACGGGAGGAGAACGUGGUUUGUCGACGACCAUUGUUCGCUUGUAUUUAUCGUAACAAUAUCAUUUAUCUCAAUUAUCGAUGAACCACACGUUAUGCAUAUAUAUAUACAGACAUAUGCAUAAUUAAUAUUGGAGUAAAAAUAGCAGGCGAACGAUUACCAGUAGCGGCAGUGUAUAGUUAUACCCGAUGUACCACACGUGGGUCAUUAGCUGUAGUAUUACGACUAUACGAGCGCGCAGAGAUAAGACAGGACUCAAAGUGUAACAAAACGUGCAUGAUAAUGUCAUUCUUAUCAUCUCUCACAGUACAAUCCGAUUCGGACCGUUUAGUCUUUUUUCAGUUGUCUCGGGUAUCGGCUAAAAGUAAGCGCGGCACGGCGCACGCACAUAAAUAUAAUACCUACGCGCGCAGACACGAGCACACAUUAGAUCCGCGAUGAUCGAACUGUACGUCAAAUUCGAUUUACCCGAGACGUCGUUUCGUUUAGUUUUUAUUUGUUUAUUUUAGUUCCCGGCAAUAGCUUGUAUUGAAUUAAACGAAACGUUUCACUCAAACGGACUAUUACAGAAUAUAGCGAAUCGCGAUAAAAUGCCGAAAUUUUGCUGGAAAAAACCUGUUGUCGUAAGUACCCUGCUACUACCUCCCGCCGUCACGUAAACAUUUAAAAUAGGAUAUUUUUUUAAAACGUAUAAAUAAUCGGCUGUAAAGGAUUCAAAUCGAAUUUAUGUUAAUUAGGUAGGCGUAACUAAUCUGCGCACUUUUAUUCACAGUGUAUGAUGUUAAAACGUAAACACAUAACGAGUAUCUACGGGUAUCUUAUUAUAAAAUUUAAGUUCUGUGUCUCUGUCGGUCGGCCAUACAAAUCUACAGUUAUAUUCCGAUAUUGACGAAACUAUCUGCACGCCUUGCGUUCGAAACGAGUAGAAAAUAACUGGUUAUACUUUUAUCUUGAAAUCUGAGGGUAGCUGAGAUUUUUGGAAUGAAAACUGUAGUAUUUUUGUUGACUUAUGAUUGGUUACCUGGGCGACGCAGAUGAAAAAAAUAAAUCUAUUUUAUUUAAUUGGAUCGUCAUAGACAAGAAAGUAUCCGGGCAACAGCGCUGAACUGUAAUAGGGAUAAGGGUGAUGGAAACAGGGAGACACGUUCCUUUAUUGAUUUCUUUUUUUGAAAAAAUUGAGCACGAGAAGUAUUGGAUAAUUGAGCUGUAUUAUAUACACAAUUUACAAGUAGGUAACCUAUACACUUUUUCGCGUUUUUCAACACUGCGAUUUGCUAAAAUUUUAGCAGUAUAAUAAACCUGUCGGUAGAGCAAUAAUAGGACUAAUAAGCUAUUAUAAUAAACCAAUGUAAUCUACUCGUGUAUACGCACGAGUAUUUAAGAGUAACCGUGCGUAAACUGUUUAUAUGGAUGUAUAGAUAUGUUUAUACUUUUAAUUUAUUUUUUUCUCAUUUAUAGCAAUCAAUUAGGUACAGCGGUACAUAUAUUAAGACGUAUCUACAAUAAAAUACUUAAAAGCAAAAGUCUACAUUCUUUGUCUGCCAACAAUUAUUACUUAUUUUCUAUGGCCCUCUGUAAAAAAAAAGGUUGGUCACCACUGGUUUAUACAAUACAUUUUCUUAUAAAACUAUAAUUUCUCAUUCGAAUUCUAAAUAUGAUAUAUGUUUUAGUUCGUAGGUACCUACAUAUAUGUAAUCAAUUAAAACACACAGAACACGAAAAUGUUAAUACUGUGCGGAUACAAAACCUUUAUUAUAAUAACCUUAGAUAAAACGAAUGCACGAGUAAAGAUAAAAUAAUACGAUCAACUUGUAACAAUUAACGUUAGGGUGAAUAAAUGUAGGUCUUAAUUUCUGUAGAUAUAAAAUUUCGAAUAAUAUUUCGUGUUUAUAACUAUUUGUUUUUUGAAUAUUACAAUGUUAUUAUUAUCGUUUGAUGUCGAAUGUAACAUUUUUUUGACUCAAUAUAAGCUACUCAAGGACGAAUUAUUAAUAGUGAUCAUAAUACUACUUUUACUAACUAUAGUCGUCCCAAAAUUUGAUUAAAUCUACGUUUCGUUUGUUGUAUAUAUAUAAUUCUAAAUAUUCCGAAGCAUAAAGUGGAAAUCUACUCGGUUUGUAUAUUCAAAAAAAAAAAAAAACAAAAACAAAAACAUCAUUCACGAUAUUGAGGACUUAACGCAGGUUCUAUGUAAAAACUUAUAAAAAAUAUACAGCUAUAUAUGUCAAAACAACGGUUUUCUUACUCACCAAAUAGAUCCAAAAUGCAUUAAAAAAGUUCUUUUAUCAUUUUUCGAUUGAAACAAGUUUUCUGUUCAAAAAGUUAUUUACAGAGAGAAAAAAAAAAAUUAAAAAGACGGACAGACUUCGCACGAUGGGUGGACCACUGUUGUAUGUGAGAAGUUGGGAAGGUAUAGAAUAUAGAAGGGAAUUUAAAUUAUAUUUACAUGCAACGAUAAACCAUUGCUGACGAAAAUUAAUUCUGAGUGAAGGUCGGUGAUAUAUGUUUUAAAAGGCUAUAAUAAUUAUAUUUUCGUCAAAAUUGUUUAUUAAAAUUUUUAUAAAAAAAAUAUAUAUAUAUAUAUAUACAUUACAUUAAACUAAUUUUUUUUUUUUACCAUAAUUUACGACUUAUAAUAAAUCUUUUGUUAAAUUUUCAAGCAUUUCUGUUUAGUCUAACAAUUAUAUCCACAGAGUACCUACCAAAUACAAAUUACGUAAAAAAACUCGCAAUAUAACAAUGUCUAUAAAUAAUUGAAAAAAAUGGCUCAUAUGUUUUGAAGAGACAAACAUAAGUUUUCUUUUAACAUUUUUUUUUUUGAAUUUUAAAAUAAUUACAGAAGGAAAAAAUAGAUAUUUUAUGUCAUAGUAAUUAUGUGUUCAUAAAACAAAACAGAUGACAAUCGAGCUAUGUGCUUGUACAAAAACUUCGGGCUGAACAAUUAAAAUAUGUCAACUAUUUUAUCUCUUGUAUUUUGUAUGUGGUUUAAGUUUUUCAAAAUGCCUCUUAUCUGUACACAGAAUUUAAAAAACAUAAUAUCGUCUUCGCGUCUUCGCAUAAUAAAUACAAAUAACAAAAUAGAAUACUCACGGCUAUAUCGAUUCAGCAAUUUUGAAAUGAUGUGAGUUUUUUACGUAGAUACCUAUAUAUUAUAAUAUAUUACACUUAGAAUUAUUAUAUUUUGCUUUUAACUAACCAAUUAAUUUUGAGGAAUUAUAAAAGGUUACAUUUUUUCCCCCCACGAUGACAACAUUAUACAAAAAAACAUCAGGGCAAUGUAUAUUAAUUGACGAGAACAGAUGUUAGUUAGUUAUAUAUUAUGUUAUAUUAUUGUAUAUUAUCGUGAUCUCUAUAUGGCCAUCUGAUGGGUAAGUAUUACGUAAUCAUCUAUGCAGAAGAGGGCUGCGUAAUGUGUUGAUAUUUUCUGACGGGAGGAGAUGGGGUUUAGAACAAUAGAACCAUAUGCUGACGUUGGCUGUUCAAAAUUCGGAUUACCGUCUUUAGGCGACGAUAAAAAAUUGAAAGCGAAAAACGCAUCUGAGCGAACUUUGGUUAAACGUGUUUUAAAAUGUAAAUUUGACAAUUUUCAUUAAAACUAAAACAUUAAACGCGUAUAAAAAAUAAAAAUAAAAAUAUUGCAUACAUUUUCCCGGCUAUUAAGAAAAACAACAAAGUUAAACAUUUUUUAAAAAAUGACCUCAUGUACCAACUAUAGUGCUAGACAAAAAUUUUGCUACAAAAAAUACCUUUUGCCGUUUUUGUUUUUUUAGCAAAUUUCUGGUAGAAAAAAAAUGAAAACAACUAUGAUAAUAAAAGCCCGCGUGUCAUGGUAAAAACCAAUAUACAUUCCCCGCUGUGUUCAGAAUCUCAAAAAUGUUUAGUAAUUAUUCGAUGUAACUAUAUUAUAAUUGUACGCAUUUAGUUUGAACUGCAGUCUAUAACGGACUUAAUGGAAAUGCCCGACAUGUAUAUUACGAAUACUACAUAAUAUUGUGUUAUAAUUGUUUAAUUUUUUUAUUUUUGUCCAUGUUUUAACGAAAACACCAUUAGAUAACCAUUAAGGGACCUCCGUCACUAACAUUUGUUUUCUGUGUUUGCCCCACACGUAAUACUUAUAUGGCAAUAACAAGCAUUUCACAUUUUCACGAUUGCUACUUUCCGGUUGAAUUUAGGGCAAUGGGACCCAAUAUGCAUUUUCACGAAAAAAAAAUAUACAUUGAUCUUUCAAAUAAUUUUUGUAAUAUUUUCAUUUUCAUCGAUAGUUCCGCGUGUUUAAAUUUUUUUCUUAACUUGAACCGUUAAUAAUGAAUGAAGAAACGAAAGAUAUUUAUAGCAAAUCAUUUGCAGGAUCCAUAUAGUGCGAAUACUCUUCUUUAUAAAAUGUGUAUAUAACAAGUCCCUUUGUCCUAAACUCAAACAGAAAUGAGUCACACUAGUGGCUGUGUUGCAGAAAUGCUUUCGUUGCUAUAUACAGAGCGGUUUGCAUAACGUAAAACACUCUUUAUCUCGGAAAGUAUCAACUUUGUAUUAAUACUUAAAGUACAAACAUAUAGCUCCGAAUUAAAAAUGUCAUUAAAAUAAUGUAUUUUAUUAGACAAACCCUUAUCUAUUUAUGGAUUUUAGAUUCUGAGUGGCGCGAAGAAGCUUAUGGUUUUACAACGAUAUUUAUUUUUAUUAUUAUUUUUUUUGUUUUGCGGACAAUUUUUCUAUCGGCAAUUUUGCAUAGAUUUUCAAUGAUAGCACUUUUUCUGAGACGAAAACGGACUAGAGAGAUAUUUUAAGGAGGUUAUUUUUUGAUUUUUCCAAAAGUUUUCCCGAAAAAUGGGAAAAUAGGUACAAUAUUAAACAAUUAUUAUUUAAGAAAACAUAUAAUGCAUAUGUAAUUAUUUUACCAUAGUAUGACAUAUAUUUAUAUUGCUGACAAAGCACCGCUAUCAACCGAACUUCAUUUAGAAUAGUUUUUUCGAUAGCAAUGGUUAAUCGUUGCUUACAGAUAUAUGCAUUAAAUCACCGCUAUAAUAGUGGUUGCAUCCAUUCCCAUUAUCCUAGAACAGCUUUUUUUAACACCUGUUUCUAUUUUAAUAUCCAAAGUGGGGCGGUAAUGACGGUUUCGCUCUGAAAAAUAAACAAAAAACGCGCAACGUUUGAAUGUAACGCAUUUUAAAGCCGCUCGUUUCUCGGACGUUCUAAAAAAAAUUCACAAUUAUUACGCUCGAGACAGACGAAGGAAACGAAACAAUAAAUCGGUGACAAAGAAGACGCGUGCGUCGGGUCCUGUUGAUUACGAGUGCCACUUUUUCCCCGUACCCAUAGCCGUAACUAGUGGGGGGGGGGGGUGUACUAGGGGGGUCUUUUGCACCCCCGAGUUUAAAAUUAGCACCUCUAAAAGCACCCGAUAAUAGCUGUUUUAUAGCACGGAUCAAAUAUUUUAUCCGUGUAUUUCAUGAUUAAUAAGCAGAACGAAAUACAGAUUACCUACAGACACGCGAUGUGUAUAAGAAAAAAAAAAAAAAAGUCGAAAAAGUUAUAAUACAUUUUUGUAAAAAAAAUUGCUAAUGUCUAUAGUUUCUUACUAAAAACGCCGUGUAAAGGGGAUUGCGAAGUUGCCCCUAUAGGUCUGUGCUGUGUCUAUAGUUUCAACGCCCUCAAAGUUGGCGGUCCAGUUGCGCCGAUACGCGGCCGUACCGUUGUGCACCGUAUCAUAUUUUACGCGCCGCGCGUUCGUUACACAAUAAUAACGCACCGUGCAGGAUCGAUUGUGUGUGGUGUACGCACCAAACGAUUCCGUCGGUAUUCAUUAUUUAUAGGAACAGGAAAUGAAAACACCGCGUCAUAAUAGUCUACAUCAAUGGGACUCGUCUGUUUACAUUUUGACGGUUUUGAUAUCGUACCGGGAAGAUUUACUGCGAGACCCAUAACACUGCAGUGUGUCGGCCGCGUUCGUACGACGCGCGUUUUGUGCGUACCGCGUAUUACACGGGAGAAAAAGGGCGGUGGCGAUAAAAAAAAAAAUAUAACGAUUAUUGUUAAGCAGUAGCCAGCCGGUUGUAAUUUUUAUAAUAUCGUUUGUGUGCGUUUCGAUCUGUUUCAGAAAACGCGCGAUGACGUUGCAACGAUGACCUUCUGCGAGUCUUCCGAUGAGAAGGCGUCUCCUGCGAAGCUAACACGUCAGUAUGAUAUUAUAUCGUGUUAAAUGUCACAAAAACAUAACGUUAUUAUUAUUAUUGUCCGAUUGUCGCGCCGACAUUAUUUUUCGUGCGGUCUUCUUCGUCAUUAUUAUUAGUGUUGUUAUUAUUAUUUUUUUUUACCGGCGUUAUUUAACAAUGUUAACGUUAUUAUUGUUAGCGUAUCGGAAAGCGAUCGACAAUUUGGACAACGACCGAAAAUGGCAAACCGACACGGCCGUGGGCAAAAGGAUCGGUCUGUACAAGCUGAGCGGAGAGCUGGGCAAAGGAAACUUCUCGCAAGUGAAAACCGGUUACCACGAACUGACCAAAGGUACCCAAGAUAUAAAUUAUACCCAACUGUUACUUAUCUACUUACCGUCGUGUGAAGUUUAUCGACGCAAUCCGUCCGCGACCUUGACUCGAUUUUAUAAACGGAUCGGAAAAGACUAUAUUAAUACACCUAUACACGACUAUUUCGAUAUCAUGAUAUUUAUGCGUCUUGACACUUUAAUCGAUAAUACCAACCCGUUUCGAAAAUAACGCAAGCAUCUUUAUUAUUGUGUAGGUAGAGUGCUUUAGAUACGUUUGUUUUUUUUUUUCUUGCCUUCAAUAAAUAUUAUUUCUAUUCCCGUUUUACCGUACGUUCCGAUAAAAUCGUAUAUUACCCGUGUGCGUGUCGUACGCGUUUUAUUUUACAAAACAAUUCGUAUAGAAAGUGAUCAAUUUACUUUUUGCAAUUCCGUCAAACGCACUAUUUCCGUAUACUAUAUAAUAUUUUUGUUAUGUUUGUGCACUGGCACGGGGUGUCUCCCAAAGUUCAACGAUGUCCAAUCAAAAUGAUAAUCCACUUACGUAUAGGCACAUUUCGAAUCUCAAAAGUUCGCUAAUAUAUUUUUAUUGAUAUGGAUCUAGUUCCGAAAUUCAACGUCGCCCGCUCGAUUUUCAUCGGAAAUACGUUGAAUUCUACCGACUAUUCUGAUUGAUAUUUCUUAUCGGUUCUUAUUUGCCGUGGCCGACAAGGUGCCUUAUUAUAUUUGUUAAUAUAGCCUAAUAUAUUAUGUAUACUCGAUAAUGUAACCCCAUACGUUACAUACUUGAUAAUAUUGAAAAAAAAUAUCGUGUUCCAUUACCCAACGCAAAUGCGAAAUUUUUUAUGUUUCGGUGCCCAACAAAUUCCGACAGAUCCAUCGUGUAUAAUACAAUAAUUGAAUUUCGGAAGGCGAGUUAUUAUAAUAUUUGACUUGUCAAUGAUAAGAAUUUUCUCUACAAUUGUUCAUGUUCCAAUAUAAUAAUAUUAUUUAUAAAGAAAGUAUGUAUAGAUAUAUACGGGCAAAGUAAGAAAUCAGACAUUGUCCAAUUUUUAAGGGCAAAAUUGAAAUUAUUAUACAUUGUCUGGGCAUUGUAUACAGUGUUCAACUAGAUUUGGGCAUUAAAAAUAAAAUAAAACAACCUUACUAAGUACUUCAAUAAACAUAAAAACUUGCAAUAAACGCCUCAAAUAUUAGGUGUCUAUUAAUAGUUUUAAAAACUAUUAUCCAUUGAAUUAUUUAAUUAUUAAUAAAAUGUAAUGUUAGAUCCUAGGUAGGUAUAAAGUAUUAUAUUGUUUUUUUUUUAUUUAUUAUUACAUGCGUACAUUAAAAUAUCGAAUAAAAUUAAUAACAAUAAAAAUUAGAUAUUUGUUCCUAAAUUAAAUAGGUAUUUCACGAGUCGUGAUAUCAAACGAAUAAAAUAGAUAUGUCGGUAUGGGUAAUACGUACAAAUUCCAUUCGACACAAAUGUGCCCACUCGAUUCCGGGCAUCGUGCACAGUGACCGGGCGCUCUCGUACAAUGGUCAAUGUGGGUGAAAUUGGAGUAAUAAACAAAUUAACUAAAUUGUCCGGGCAUUGUACCACAAUGCCCGGAUUUCCUACUUUGCUCGUAACACACACACACACACACACACACACAUAUAUAUAUAAUAAAUAAUUUAUAUGUACACACGAUUUCUGUAUCCGAGAUUUUUGAAACAGUUCGCCGCCACCCAAACGAUUUAUGUUUUAUACUUCUGGUUGAAUACUAUUUAUUACCGGCUCUGACGUGCUUUACAUCACGGUAUUAUUAUUUAUGGCGAAUACAAAAUGUACGAAAGAAAAAUAUAUAAUUAUCACCACAAGACCGUCGCCGUCAUCUGUGCUAUAAUAUGUGAAAAAUAUUAUCAAUUGGCAUACAUUUGUAUAAUCUCGAUUAGGUGUUAUUCGUUAUUAUUAUUGUUGUUGUUGUUGUUAUUUGUUUGAAAGAAUAAAAACAAAAACACGGUAUUAAUGAUCGAACCUAUAAAAUAGUAAUAAUCGAAUUAUUAAAAUCGUUCAAAAUCAAUUAGUGUUGUAUUAGCGUAUGUAAAAAAUAGCGUUUUAAAUAAAUUAAAUUUGUCUUUAUGAUGCCGAGGAGGCGAAGAAGUGUGUAAAUAUUAGUAAAUAUUAUUUCGUAAGAGUUUUUUUAAUGUUAGUGGCGAAUUAUAAUAUCGAGCGUAGCGGUAGGAUUGUAUUAUUUUUACUAUAUAAUGUGUUUUUUUACCUUGUGUUUGUAAACGACUUUUCUACCAGAAAUGUCGGUCAAAAACUUAAUAGCAACUUUAUUGUAGUGUUUUUAUCUAGUUGAUGCAUUGAGGAAGUAUUUUGUUGAUUUUUCAGGUGGUGUUUUUAUUAAAUCGAAAAAACUUGGUCAAUUUCCGUCGACUUCUAGGUUACCUUGGCAACAAGGGAAAAUUACUAUUAAUAAUACUCUGGUUAGAAUUAUUUUUUUGUUAGCUGUUGUGUAAACAUAUAAAUUAUGUUACUCUAUAUAUAUCCUCCGUUCUAGCUUCUCUCCUAAAACAGUGGAAAACCUAUCAGUAGUCUUUUUUUUUUUUUAAAAAUAUAAAUACAUUAUUUUAUUAACAUAAUAUAUAAAGCAAUUCGUUAAAUUCGUUUUUAUUGCACAGAUAUAAAAUAUUAUUCCUUAAGUUUUUUUAAAUUUAUUAUUAUUAUUAUGAUUUACUAUACACAAGUAUCAAAACGUAAUGAUUCAAAGUGCAAACAACAACAUAAACAAAUAAGAUAAAACUGUAGUUAAAAAAAAAAAGAAAAGAAAAAAAAAAAAAGAGAAGUGAUACCGUAGGUAUAUAAUAUAUUUAUAAUAGUAUAGGUAGGUAUACGGUACAUACGUAUUACGUAUACGUACUAUUCCUAUGAAACGUAUUAUGUGUUCCUAUCGUUCGAUAUCGUCUAAUAUUAUGAUUAUUAUUGUAUAACACAUGAUAAUAAUAUUUUAUAAAAGAUAUCUAACAUAAAAAAAAAAAAAAAAAAAAAAAAAAAAAAUCCCGACUGCAUCAAUUUGCCGUGUAUAAUAAUAAUAACAAUAAUAAUAGAUAAUAAUAACAAUAUUAUUGUUGUUAUUGUACUCGUAUUAUGCUGUUGUGUCAUUGCGAUUGCGCGCGUUAUACCUAUACACCCGUGUAUUCUUUCGGCCGACGAUAACAAAAUAUAAUAAUGUUAUUCGCAACGGCAUUGUGGGAUCGAUAAUAUUGUGUUGUAUUGUGUAAAAAUUCAAUUUAGAUUGUUCGAAGUGAUCGAGACGUACACAAAGUACUAUUUGAUCAUGGAACACGCGGCGGCCGGAGAACUGUUCAAAAGGUUGAUAUCCGAGGGCAGAAUGCACGAAUCGGAAGCGAAAAACAUUUUCGCCCAGAUCGUGUUAGCCGUCAAACAUUUGGUACGAAAAACAAUAGCAAUAACAAUAUUUUCGGGUUGAAAAAAUUUAUUUUAUUUUCCUAUCACGUGUGUAUUGAUUUGAUUUCGAUUUGUUCCCCGUUGCGCAGCACGACCGCAAAAUCGUCCACCGAGACAUCAAAGCGGAAAACGUGUUCCUGAGCUCCAGAGGAGUUGCCAAGUUGGGAGACUUUGGCUUUAGCAUCACGGUCUCGAGUAAUUAUUACUAUUUUUAUUAUAAUUAUUAUACUUUUUUAUUUUAGAUUCUGAGCGGAGCGAGAAAUAUGCACUGGUUAUACAAUGAUGUUUUUUUCUUUUCUUUUUUUGUUUUUUUGUGAACACUUUUUACCAGAAAGCUUACCCCGAUUAUCAAACAUAGCACCUUUUCGGGAAGGAAAUGUUCUCUGGGUGGUAUUUUAGAGUGGUAAUUUUUUGAAAUUUAAAUUAUUAUUCGAGAUAAUGAGAAAAACCUGGUUCUUUAGGCUAAAAUAUAUUGAAAGAUUAAAAAUAAGGUUGUCAUUGGCAACAGUUUUUAGUUAUUUCUUGUUAUUAUUACGUUUUUAUUAUUUUAAUAUUUUUUUUACACAACCAUUGUUGUCAUGGAAACGCAAAUUGUUGAAAAAGAUAUGCGAAUAGUUACUUCAAAUCAUACUACAUUAUAUAAAAUAGUAGCUGCACCCACGUGCGAAGUAUGUCCGUCUUUUUUGUUAAUUUUUUCCGGAUUUUCAAUGUAACAUGAUCGACGGUGUAUAAAUGAUGUAUAAUCAUUAAUCACGUUUACCGACACAAUACGUAACGUACGAUAUAACAUUUCUUCAAAAAAUAACCGUUUUUUUCUUUUUUUUUCUACAACUAUUCGACGGAUAGGCCACCUCGAUUCUAAUUCUACGUAUACAAAAUAUACUAUACAUAUAGUAACUCAAACGCCAUAUUUUAACAUGGACGUUCGCCCAAGACAGUUCAAGGGGACAAAAUUAUACCGGAUUUAUUGUAUAGUUCAAACAUUGUUUUUGUUUUAUUGUAGUAAGUACGAAAAUCCAGGGACGGAAAUGUCCUUCUCUUGGCCCUCCUUUACCCACCUCCCGAACGGACGGCCGUGCAUUAUUUUAAUUCGGUAAAUAAUCUCUCUGCCAUAAUCAUAAUACUGCUGCAGUAAAAUUAGUAUAAUAUUAACUAACGCACGCGUUUUAUUCAAAUGACGCAAACGUGUGUUUUAAUUCCGUAUACAAAAUAACUUGCAUACGAAUCGCAAUACAUAAUAAUUUCAUUAAAUUAGUUCUUUCGGAGAUUAAUUGUAAAAAUCAAAAUAUAUGAUCCGUGCCGACUGACUGUAGUUAUAAUGAUAAAUAAUAAGGCUAACGGUAGCAAAAAAAAAAAUAAAAAAACCUAAACUAAACCAAACGCGCAGUUUCGAUAAACUUUUUCGAUCCGUAUACAUAGUAUAUUGUUGUUCGGGAUUCUUUAUGCGGUAUACGUUUCGACGCCGUUAACAAUAAAUCGAAAACGCUCGUUUUCGCGAGAUUUGAAGAAUGUUUUAAUCCGACGUACAGUUGAAACGUCCUCGUCGUAGUAAUUUUUCUCGAUCACGUCCAAAACGGUCCUAUACAAUGACUAAUGGUUCGAUCCGUCAAAAUCUAGUGUUAAAAAUUCGUUUAAAUACGAGCACGACGACGACGAUGGCGAAAAAAAAGUGUCUCGUUUUCUUCACGGUAAAAUUAUAGAUCGGAGAUGAAUGGAUUUUUUUUUUUAUUCUUCGUUGACGGUUAGAAAACGUAAUACAAUGUAAUAAAUAAUACGUUUAUAUUAUUGUCGGGAGGAUGAUUGGAUUUUCACUCCUCGUGAAAAUAAUAUUUUCCCGUCCAGUUUUCGCGGACGAACGAGUCCGUGUGUCCAAUUUUCAAAAUUUUAACCCCAAAAAAGGUAGCUGGCACAGCAUUUUUGAUAAGACGAAAAUCUAAACUUUGAUUUUUUUUUUUUUUUGUUGAUUUAUGGAUUGUCUCUUAAUGUCACGGACAAAAAUAAAUAGUUAUUUUAAUUAAUUAGUUGUCGCGAACAUGUGAGUACUCGACAGCAACGGUUGACAGAGACAGGGGUGGACACGGAGAAAUAAAAGAACGCACGUUUUUUUAAUUAGUUUUUUUCGUUUAAUACCGUACGCGAGCAAAGCCGUAGUACUUUAAUAAAACCAUUUUUGUUUUAAGAUUCUGAGCGGAUCGUAAAUUGAUUUUACUAUAAUGAUAUGUAUUAUAGAUGCUCCUAUUUAUGACGCUCAUUAUCUCGUGUGUGUAUAAAUUUCUACAAGAAAUCUUGCUCUAAUAAGAAAAUGACAAAAAAAUCUAUUUUGUUACAUUUUAGAUCUAUUCGGUGCAUUGGUGAGAUCAUUUUUUAAUUUUCCGCGUAGUUUCCCUAAUAAUUGGGAAAAAACACAGGGGAAAAAAAGGAAAGUUUACGGAAAUAUUGGUUUCAUUAUUUCCCACGUUGUAAUUCGGUUAAAAAUAAUUGUAAUUUUCACAAAAUACUUAUAUUCCCCUUUUCUAGAAGCGGUAAACUGCUCAAAGGUUUAUUGUGUGGAUUAAAUUGUUCGACUAAACAGAAACGCUUGACAAUUUAACAAGACAUUCAGGAUAUAGGGGUAUUAUGUGAUUAAUGUAGUACUAGUGUUAGACUUAACGGUAAAUAAAAAAAAAAAGUCGAGCGUAACGUGGACAUUUUUUAUAAGCAUUUUAAGAUCAAAUUUCGACGAAACCCGUAAAAAUUACGACAUCGUUUGAAAAUUUGUAUAAUCGAACUUCGCUCGAAAUCGAUAUUCGUGAGCAAUGCGGUUUAUCCUUGCGCACAGAUAUAAACAUUUUAUGUGUCCUACCAUGCCAACUUUCCAUCUACAACGGUAUCACAGCUAUUGAUUUUUUUCUUUUGUUUACAGACGAUGAAAAAUUAGAGACUUUUUGCGGCUCUCCGCCGUACGCGGCUCCCGAACUUUUCCUGGACCAGCGUUACGUCGGACGUCCCGUCGACGUGUGGUCGCUGGGCGUGCUGCUGUUCUUCAUGACCACGGCCACGAUGCCGUUCAUCGGCGACAACAUGGCUGGGCUCCGGCGGUCGAUACUAGCCGGGCAGGUGGAUCCACCGUCGUGGAUGUCUGAAUCGUUGGCGUCGCUUAUAGGUACGCAGAACGCCCGAUUUAGAUAAUAUAAUGUGUAGUUUUUAUUUUUUUUUUUUUUGGGGGGGGGAUCGAGGCAAGCCAUAACUGGAUACGAAGAGGUGAAAUUGCGAUUUAAAGUGUUCUUUUAAACUAUACGAAAUUCGUCGUGACAAAACAGAGAUUCUUUUAACAGGGGAGGGGGGGGAAUCGCCCGGGAGCGUUAAAUUUGAUGGCACUUAUUUCGCGGAAUGGGUGGCAAAUUUUCGCGAACCAACAUAGUAAAUCGUCGACCUCUUUCAAAUUUUUUCCCUGGUUAUGUUUAUAUAUUUAUGCAUAUAAGCACAGGGACGGUAAAAUUGUAUUUUACCCAUAAUUAUUUAUUUUAUUGUAGAUGAUUUUACAAUACCAAAUAAUAAUAAUUUAGACAUUACGAAAACGUCAUAAUCGCGAGAUCACGGAUUCUCAUUGAUAUUAAAGGCAUGGAUAGACCACUACUAUGCACUGUACAUUGUUGUAGGCCGCGGUCCAAGAGUGAUGAGCAUUAGUAACGCUUUUAGCAUAGGAUAGAGGAGAUAAUGCAAUGCGUUUUUGGCCCUUUAGUGUUUUGUCGUUGGUUUUAGUACUGCUAAAUGUGUAUAGGCAAAUGUUCACGGGUCUAAAAUUAUCUGUUCGUAUAUUUAAUAUCUAUGCGGAUCCUAUACAGAUGGUGGAUCCGGUGGGGUAGGGGUCGCUCGAGGCGUAUUACACAUUAUUGGCAAUUCUCCUUUGAGCGUAUUAUUGUGAACACAUUUUGUUUCUUUGUUUUAGUCGUUAACACCGAUUGAAAGAUGUGUCGCACACAUACAAAUAAACAUCAGUAUUACUAUAGCGUGUAUUGUAAUAAUAAUAUCAUCGUUGUGGAUUUGAUAUACCUGUAUGACUUUUGAAUACCUGCAUAAUAUACUGACGCGCGUUAAUAUUUCAAUAUUCCUAUAUAGGUCAUCACUUUUACAAUAUAUAUAUAUAUAUAUAUAUAUAUAUGUGAACCAAUCGAAUGACGUGACGACGAUGUAGUUACUAUUUCUUCAAUAACUUAUAAUAUACUCAUCCAAUGACCUCGCGUAAAGUGAAAAAAAAAACCCCCCGACGUAGGGGAUCUAUUCUCACCACCUCAGACCUCUUCAUCAUAAAAUCGGCAUUGAUAUUAACACCCGCGUGCAGUCUUGACGCAUACAUACGUAUUAUAUUGAUUAAAAUAAUUCGUAUUAUAUAAUAUAUUGCGGUUCGUUGCUCGGGUGCAAUACUUACUCGACCAGUUACAGUUUUAAUACAAUACGUAUUUAUAAUAUUAUUAUUACGUACGCGUAGGAAUGUAUUGGUUUUACUAUGACGUGUUUUUUUUUUUUUUUAUUUUUUUUUUUCUAUACCACGAGUCCAGAAAUAUCGCUCCGAUUUUCAAGCGCAUAGCAUCUUUUCUGGAAGGACAAUUUGUCUAGUUAAUGCAUUUAGUGCAUCUAACUGCCUGGUGCAUGAUUGUUCUUUGAUGUUGCUUCUGGUUUUUUAAUAAUUAAAAAAAAAAAAACCGCAAAAAAACUUAGGAAUACGGGAAAGUUUCCAGCAAUGGUGAUUUAAUUUUGUUUUUUGUUAUGAUUCGGUCGAAAACAAUUCUUGAGGUCUGAAAUUUUCACAUAAUACUUGAAAUAGCCAUUUGAAUAGGCGGUACAAUUUUCAAAACAUUUCUGAGCUAUUUCAAGUCAUUUGAAAUCGAUGACUAUUAUCGAGCAUGGACAUAAGUUAUAUAAAUCUAUAUGCAUCCUAUUUUAAAAACUUUUCGUCUACUAUAUUUGGCACCCACCUGUAAACAGUAUCAGCUCUUUUGUUGAAUUAUUAUUGAAAACAAUAACUCAGCAGGCGAUCGGGUAUGGGUGAUUUCCGUUAGAGACAAUAUCGUAUUUUUCGCGCAACGAGACGCAUUCGCGAUGAACUUCCGCAUAGAAGUUAUAAAGCGAAUAAACGAAAUUCUGGCAAAUUCUGGUCAGAAAACAAGACGACCGUAAAUAUUUUUUAUACAUUAUAAAUAUAGCUCUCAUCUUGAAGAACCGCUGCAGUAAAAAUAAAGUAAAACUUGUUGUCAUGGUUUAAUGCCGGUAUAAAGAUCAAUUCAAUUUAAAUUCAAUACAUUAUUAUGAACUAAAUGUUUUUCAAAACAUUAAGUUUUCCGAAUAGUUUUGAAAAACCCAGCCGUUUCAUUUUUGAUUUUUUCAGUAAUUUAUUGUUUAAUUGUUGUUUGAGUAUUUAUGUAAACGGAACGAUAAACCGUCAUAAAUUCAUUCCGUGUUACUAUAUAUUACGAUUGAAGUUAUGCACCGGAUUGAAUAUAUUAUAAAAAAACAGUAUUUAAACGUCAUAAUCGUAUUUAACGUGAUCUGUUGACGACCCGCCAUUAAAAUAUAACGUCUAAAACGGCCAACACAAAAAAUUCGUAAAUAAAGUCACGCAUACAUAGUGAUCCAUUUAAGUGGCUGUAUAAAAUAUUUCUAAAAAUAAUGACUUACCAAAAAAAAAAAAAAACUAAUUUGCCAAUUUAAGAAACAAUAAGCAGCUCUGUUGCGUUAAUAAUAUUUUUGUCACGUUUAUUUUCGGAGGCGAAACUACUAGUAGUUUACUUUUGAUAACUUCAAAUGGUAAUCUGUAUGAAAAAUGUCAUAAAUAUACGGAGGAGUACGAAUUUAAAUAAAUGACGGUGUUGAAAUUAUCAAUUUAUGUCGAACCGUUGACGAGAUAUUUCACUUUUACGUUUGAGUUGGGCAAAGUAUAAUGAAACACUAUUAAAAAAUGACGCCACACAAAUCGUGCACUUAAAUGUAUCACUCGGUAUACAAUCAUUGUCACGCCACGGCCGGGUUCGUUUCAAGAUGUUCGUCGAGGACGUUUCAUAUGUUUUUGUUUUUCAUUUUUGAAAACCACUGUCGUUUAUAUAGUUGAAUAUUAAUUAAAGAAAAAAUAAAUUUCAAAAAUGAUCAUUGAGACUAAUACUGUUUUAAAUAAUAAUAAUAAUAUGUUUUUAUUUUUAAACAUUUUUUAGACCCUGAGUAGAACGAAGAAUGUAUUAUUGGUUUUACAAUGAUAUUUAUUUAUUUUUUUAUGUGAACACUUUUUCUACCAGAAAACAUACUCCGAUUAUUAAGUAUAGCACCUUUUCCGAAAGGAAAUUUUCUCUGGGUGGUACUUUAAAUAUAUCAUUUUUUGAAAUUCUUAUUAAUAUUCGAGAUAAUGAGGAAAACCUUGAUAUUUAGUUUAAAAAAGAUUGAAAGAUUAAAAAUAAGGUUGUCAUUGGUUACCGUUUUUGUUUAUUUUUUGUUAUUAUUAAGUUUUUAUUAUUUACCAUAAUACGACGUAAUACCAUAUAUUGUAUUGUCGGAAAAGCAACAUUAUCAACUGAGCUCGGCUCAGAAUCUUUUUUUUGUUAGCCAUGGUGUAUCGUUGCUUACAGAUAUACAUUGAAUUUCCGUCUGUAGCCUAUCUUCCCAAUGAUGACUUCUCAAACAGUGGCUGCACUCACGUGCGAAGUAUGCCCGUCCUUUUUUUUUUUAGUUUCAAUCCGAAACUAUAAAAUCUUAAAGGUUAAACCGACAUAAUAUUUUCUAUGUCUGUCUCGCGCUAUAAUACGAGCAUACAAAACAUAGACAUUCCGCACUAUCAUCACGGUUGCGACUUAUCUCCGGUUGAGUUUAGCGCGAAGGAGGGACUUAUAUUAUACAUUUUAAACGAUAUUUUUUAGUAUUUUAAUUCGCCAUCAAGGUGUGCGCGGUUUGAAUUUCUGUUAAUUUUAACCAUUAAUAACUAAUGGAAACAUGUAUAAAUGGUAAUUCAGUCAUGGCGUAAUACUCUUCUUUAUAAAAUCUAUGACAGGUCCAUAAGUAUCCAUAUGUCUAUACAUUAUCGUGUAUAUGUUUUCACUCUGUAUAACGCCGUGAACUAGCUGUAGCCGCUGUUGUAGAUUUAGAAAUGUAUUAGGUAUUAUUGGUUAUUUAUCGUAAAGCUAUUAAUUAAAUAGAUUUAAACCAUAGUUUUAGUUAUAGUUAAAGUUAAAUAGUCGUUUGCUUUUACUAGGGCAAUCACACCGUACGCGCUACGAUAGUCCAAGGGAAUAGACUAGUUAUCGUGUUAUUUGUAAUAUUGUGUCUACUGCUCCUUACAUUAAUUGUAAAAUGUAUGAUAUUUUAUAUACUAAACUACCAAUGCCAGGGGGUAUACCCAUCUCUUAAAUUACGUGUGGCAACCGCCACACCUGAUAUAUUGUAGGCUCGGCGCCACUCGCUCUGUGGGUCCAACAUGGAAUACACGGUCCAAAAAGGUAUCCUUCGCUAUCACGAACCACACACAACUGACCUCGCUGGUUGAUUGCGUUUUACAAAAUAUUAAUCCGAUAUCGCAGAUUAUAAUUUAUUUUAUCGAAUGUGCGUUUUAAUGUACAUGACUACUCUGUCAGUAAUGCCUGCGUAACGUUUACGGAUAGGUUAAUAAGUAACCCGUGAACGGACAAGUUUUUUACAUAUUUAUUGAGAUAAUAUAUAUGACGAAAAAUUAAAGGCAGCAUUUCAUUUUAAUCGGAUAAAGCGCGAUAUUUACCUAUAGCUGUACUACGCGUUUUGUACCAUGUUAAAAAAAUCGGUUUUAUUCUAAAGGAAAUUAUGAAUUUUUGUUCGAAUAAAACACAAUAUCCGCUAAAACACCUUGAAAACGACCGCAGCGGUAGCAGCGCAGCGGUGGGGCCGCGUAUUACCUACCUAUAUAAAGUAUUUGCCCCCCCCCCCAAAAAAAAAAAAAAACAAUAGUCUAGAUGGGUACGGUCUUUGCCCUCUAGUACAAUAGUGAGACGAUUUUUAACUGCGCGAAAAUCGAUUUUUAUAUAGGUACUAUAAUACGCGUAUCUAGAUUCUCUAAUUACGAAAAUUCGUCUGACCGCGACCUUUUUUAAACCCGUAUAUAUAUUUUUUUUUUUCAUUAAAAAUAUAACCGGUUAUUAUAUUACAGUCACAUAUCUUCUGUUCAAAUGAUAUUCGUAAUAAUUCUGGUAGAAUAAUAAGAAGAAUACAACUUUGUUUGUAUAUUAUAUCGUCUAAAUUAUAAAAAAAUAUCCAUAAUGUGUUCGGCAUAUCUAUAGCUUAUACGUAUAAAUCUAAUAAAUUGUUAUUGAAUAAAUCGAGUUUUUUCUUGUAAAUUUGGCUAAAAUAUAUAACUUCAAUAUACGAUUGCCAAAUAAACACUUAUAAUUAUUGUGUUUUUAAGCCAAUGCAGAGGAUAUUCUUCCAUCCUGCGCUCACCAUUGUAAGUUGGCAUAAAAAAGUAUUAUUCUUACACAUUUCCACUUACAAGAUGACUCGGACUGUGCAAAAGGGGGGGGGGAAGAAAAAAUGGUAACUGCCCUAGAGCGACAAUGACAGUUAGUACGGUACUAAAGAUAGCAAUAAAAAAAGCUUGUCGACACGACAUGACUUUUAUAUUUUAUGAAUACGUACACAUAAUACGGUAAUUGGCGAUAAUAGCCAAUUAAAAAAUAUGUCUAAAUGGAAAAAAUUGGACAUUUUUUCUAUGGUCAUUAUUACCUAUGAUUAUUUUUAUUUAUUAUUACCGUUAUUAAGACCAUAAUAAAAUAUGUUUAAAGCACAAUAGGAAAUAAUUAAAAAUAUAAUAUCAAAUAAUUAAAUAUUCUUUUAACAGAGAAAAAUAUGACCACGGAAAAAAUGUCCAAUUUUUUCUUUGGACAUUUUUAUAUUUGACCAUAUUUUCAUCUUGUCAUUCUGGUAUAUGGCAUUUUUUUCUAUGGUCAUUUCUAUGGCACACCUCUGAAAGAAUAGCGAUACAAAUUAAAAUAUGCAAAUAUUGGAAAUUUGAAUUUUAAUGUUCCAUAAUUCCUCAUGUUCUAUGAUUUUGGGAUGCAACGUUAUUCUGGGUAGAAAAAUAUUGUGUAAAAAUAUAAAAUUAGGUAAAAAUAUAAAGUCACGUUUCAGAAAUGUCAAUAUUUAUGCUGGAAACUAUAAUUAAUUUUAAGCAGCCAUUCGAGUACAUACUAUUUAAAAUAAAAAAAAAUCAAGUACACCAAAUUAUAAAGAAUGAAAUACUGUAUACCUUGAUAGUAUAACUUGAAAAUCAAAUUUCUUGAGUUGUGCCAGUAUUCGUUCAGGGGUGCGACAUUACCUAUUAUUGUUAUGCAAACAAUACGCGUUAUUUGUUUUCGCAAAUCAAUAUUAUUCGUAUAGCCGUGAUUGUAAAUUCCGUAGGAAGGGACGAGAUGAGAAGGGCCUGACAGGACAACAGAAGAUAUUAUUAUUAUCUAUAUUUUUCAGUUAAUAGCCAUCGAAACGCAGUUUUUUUUUCAGUUAUUUUUUCUAUUAACGACCCUCGUCAAAAUGUCGAGUAUUCUCCUGGUGAAGGGCACCCAUCCGGACCUUAGCGUCACUAAAACUAUUGUAUAAUUCGUUUACUACUCACAGGAUCCAUGCUCAAUACGUCACCGGACGACCGAUUCGGGGUCGACCAGGUCCUCAAGUCCGACUGGCUCCGCGAGGCAUCCGCGUACCAGAGCCGGUUCAACAACAACUCGGUGUACGGUCACUGGUGCGCGUACCCGACGGUGGUGCAGGCGACGGCCGACGGCUGUGCCACGGCGGAACUCACCGACACCGAGGCGAACGCCAGGCGGUUGCUGGAAUCGCUGGGUAUAUCCAAGGGCAUGCUCGAUGAACACUGUUCCCGAGGGUCGAGGAGUAACGUGGUCGCCACGUACCGGAUUGUGGUCAACCGGCUGCUGCAGCAGCGCAGGCUCAUGGGUCAGCAGCACCAGUCCAUGUCUUCGUCUUCGUCGACGACGGGGGCGGCUAACCGGAAACCGAUCAAGACCAAGUCGCGGUUGUGCGCCAUCACAUAA